AACAAACCACGCCCCUUCAACUUUUGAAAUUCGCCACACCUGAGGGGUUAGCGGAGAGGAAGAAACGGUUACCGUUUUGACGCAAACAUGUCAAAAAAGACAGUUUCAUUCACUGUCUUUUUUUACAGAAAGAAGAAGGGGUUGCAUGAUACUUCAAAACAAGUCAGAAAAGCCUCCACAAGCGGUGACGAGGGCAGCUGCAUCGGUCAUGUUAACGGUCAAAACCGGCAGAAGCAGGAGGCUAGCGCCGCAACAGCUAGCCGGGUUCACCGACAGCCAGCCAAGCCGGGGCAGGAGGCUGUCACCGAGGCAGCAGCUGGUCAGGUUCACCGCCAGCCUGAGCAGGAGAGCUACAGCGCUAGCAGUCAGCCGGAGCCGGAGCAACAGGCGGGUACCGCGACACCAGCUGGCCUACAGCAGGAAGAUUCAGGAGACUGUGGGACGUGGGGUCUUGGGUGACCAAAGGACACAGAACUGCCUCAGACACACGCAGUUAAACCCGAAAAAAGGAGAGGGAGGAGAAUCCGGACAUGUUCGUGAUGUGGGGUGAGUACACUGUCUAUUAACAGGCCGCCGUGCCAAUCUUUGAAUAAUAAUAAUGGAAGAUUUAUGUGAUUUAGUACAAGCUAUUUUUUUCUCUUUUUAACGGUAGACCUGUUGAGAAGUUAAUUGCUGACUGAGUACUGUAAGUCCCACCUGUGCUGUUGUGGGCAUUUAUCUGUGCUGUGCGGAGUAGGGGAGAGUGGGAUAAGAUGAGCCAACAGGGGGUGGCUCCACUUACCCUUUGGCUCAACUUACCCCACUCUCCCCAUAGCCUAAAAUAAUUGUGCAUUAGGGUCGUAGCAUUUAUGCAAUGUAUAUUAUUUGAAAUUGAGGCUUGUAAGUCCCACAGCCUGGCAAGUGGGCAUUUGCAUGUUGUGUUGUUUGCACGUUUUCUAUGUAUUUUCUGGGACCUGUGCCCGUCUUGCACUGCCUGUGAGUCUGCAUGAUCACCGGCUGCUGGACUAAGUUUAUCUUUAAGUUUAUUAGGGUUAGACAUUGUGGUGUCAUCAGCAUACAGGAGUACCUUGUCUGCUAUGGUUGGUCAGGCUUAGUCAUCAUAGUGUGCAGGGACAACAAAGCUGUAGUCUUAAUAACCUUCCUUCCACUCAGUGAUGCAGAUCUAGUCUCUCUCAUUCGUUGCUAAUCUCUCAGAAAAACUUCAAAUGGUCACUUUGCCAUCUGUCGUGCGGCCAUAAAAUGCUUCCUGCCACAUCAGCCAUUGUCACACAGGAGGCAGCUGCUCCCAGCAUGCACCGCAGCGUCUGCUGUACGCGCACCCCCUGAUGUGCACAUCUGUCCUGCAGGAGGAAUGAUGAGGAACCACAUCUGUGCUGACUCACAGCACCUUUCCUCACCUCUGUUCAUUAACACCAACAUUUCUCACACUGCAGUAUCGGAGCUCCAGCAGGUUUUCUGGAGCUUUUAUCCAACAUUUUAAAAGAUUAUCUGAGAAUAAAAUGUGACCUUAAAUCACAUCUGUGUAUUUCAGCACUUUUACAGCAUGGACCACAUGUUAGACACUAACACGAUUUCACACCAGAAUUAUCUUGCGACACUCUGAUCCGUACCCAACACACGAUGCUCAGCCAUUAAAGAAAUUCAUCUGAAAUUCAAAGUAUGUUUCAUCUCAGAAUUAGCUGGAGGAGAUGAAUUAAUGUGGUGAUCGUCUCUUUAAAAUAAAUCAAAACAUUUCUAAAAUUAUCUCAUGUAUAAAUUAUGUAGCACCGGCUUGAAUGGGAUGUGGGGUCGUAUAUUUUAAUCAUAGAUGAUCUGCAGAAAAAAACCUCCGCAGUGUCAGGAGCUGAUCUCUUGUAACAGAGUCACUCAGCAAAACUUACUCACCUGUAUAAAUCCACCAAGGCUUUGAACAACAGGUGUGGGCCUAAGCUGUUUGGAGGUUUGGUUUUCUCUAGGAUGAUGUGUUCUUUAAAAAAAUCUGUUUUAAUUUCAUCUAAACGCUUCAACAGUGCCAGGGUAAACUUUGGGUUAUCUGUUUUGCUGGAAUAGAUUUAUUUCAGCCUCUUUUCUAAAAGUGAUGCACAAAAAAUAAAGUCAAAACUCAAAUUCACUUAGGCGACCAAAUGGGUUUCCUUCACAGGGUGGCUGGGCUCAGCCUUUGAGAUAGGGUAAGGAGCUCAGACACCCUGGAGGCCCUCAUCUGGCUGGGAUGCCUUCUGGACGCCUCCUGUUAGAGGUGUUCCGGACAUGUUCCACUGGGAGGAGACCUCGAGGCCGGCCCAGAACCAGGUGGAGGGAUUAUGUCUCUCGCCUGGCUUGGGAGCGCCUGGGAAUCCCCCCGGCGGAGCUGGUGGAAGUGGCUAGGGUGUGGGCCGUCUUGGGGCCCCUGCGACCUGGACCCUGAUGAAGCGGAAGAAAACGAAGACAAGUUAUUUCAGGUUGCCAUGAUAUCAUUAUUUUCAUUUAUUGUCAUUUGUGGAUGAACCUAAUUCAAUCAGUGAUUUAUUUAAUAAUUGCACAGCUCAUAACUUCAUAAAGAUGAUAACGGGUACAAACAUGUUUUUUUUACGUGGCUCAGAUUUCAAAUAGAUGAUUUUUAGUCGAAUCUGCAGCUCAUUGUGGUUUCUACCUGAAUAAAAUAAUAGUGUAAAGAAAGACCUAAAGUAAUGAAAAAACAGUACACCUGCUCGUAUAAUCUUCAGCUGCACAUUGAGCUCCAGCUGUUCUCGGAGAAAAGAGGUGAAAGCACUAAAGCAGAUAUAAUGAGGGAGAGAGAGAGUAAAUCUAGUGUUGAAGAGAGAGAGAGUGAGUAUACAUCUGUAAGUUAAAGGUCUUGAUAAGUCCCCGAAAUUCCCCCUGUUGAGAUGAGGGAUGCUGAGAAGUGUCAAACACAUCAGCGCUCCUCAUACUACAUGUAUGUUAUUCUGCAAAAGCUCCUUAAAUAAUACAGAGACCUCUCCUCGUGCUGAAGAGCUUUUAUUAAAAGAUGACAAGUUUCAAAGCUCGGCUCUCUGCUCCCAAAGAUCCACCAUCCCAAACUGGUCUCCUCGUCUGAGAAAAUAUUCAGAUUUCAGUCUUUACUUAAUGAAUGAAUGAAUGCAUGGAUGAGUCAGAAACUAAGUGUGAGUGAGAGCUGAAUUAAUGAGGAUCUCUGCAGCUAGAAGAAGAAUAAAAGACGACCUGAGGACCUCAUUUCUCUCAGUUCUCUCUUUUAUGCUUAUCUGGAUGUUCACUUUUUCCUCCAGUAGACCACGAGUCCAUUCUGUACUUUGCUGUUUGGUGAAACUGUCCUGAUACUGCUCCCAUGAUUUAAAUUGGUUGGUUGGAGGUAAACAUGUUGAACACAGGGGCAUGAAUGCACCAAUCACAGCAGCACAGUUGCACAUACAUGCUAUGAUUUUCCUGCACCUCCAACCGUGAGUAAGUCUGCUGCAUCUUUGCAUGACCAAACCUUUAAAAUGAAGGAUAAAAACCGAGGAAAUGGCAGUCCUGUUGGUAUCAUUUGUUCAGUGUUGAUAUUACGGUUUGAAAAUGGGUUUUAAAUACUUACAAAUUUAGCUCUGAAAGUUUUAUGCAAAGUCAUAACGAGGCUAAAUAGUGACAGGAUUACCAGAGGGACAGCUAGUAGCGAUGCUAAAUUCGCUCAUUGUAAAACCUCCUUUGGGCAGUCAGCUUUUUCCAUAUUUCACCACAAUAUAAUGUUCUGCAACUUUUUGUUUUAAUAUGAUAUAACCUAACCUAGAUGUACAAACAUAACUCUGUAGUGGGCAUCACUGCAUCAGUGCAUGAUCACAUCGAAAAAGCACUGUCACUCUCUCAACUAUAGGAAGUUAAAACUGUAACAUGCAAAGAGGAGCGGAGCUGGUAUGGUAACAUGAUUCUAGAGUAGGGCUGGGCGAUACGGCCUCAAAUCAAUAUCACGAUAUAUUGAGCAGUUCACCUCGAUAACGAUAAAUGGACGAUAACUACUCCACAAGUUGCUCGCCCCCCACAUUAACUUCUUCUACUUCAUUCUCUACAACUUUUAAACCGUCGUCCAUCUUUUCACCUGUCUUUCCCCCUUUUGUUAUGAACUGAAAGGGGUGGAGUAACAUCUCCAACGUAGGACAGCGUCUUAAAGGGACAUGAGACCGUAGCCUACCUACAAACAUCCAAAACCAACUUUGAUUUAUUGAUUUUUUUUUGACACCGAAUAUAUUGAUAUGGGCAAAAUGACAUUGGUUAUUGUUUUAAAUUUUGGUAUUGGUAAAUUUUCGUUUUAUCGCCCAGCCCGAUUUGGGGGGUAAACUUCAUUUACAUGCAGGUGCAGAAGUAACUAUUUCUGUAGAGACAGAAAGGUCAGAAGUCUUAAGAGUUAUGAGCCAGUAGCAUGGACAGCAAAAAUGAAGCCACCUUACUGUAGGACCAUGAUUAGAUUUCAAUCAAUGCAAUCAGUGACUUUUAAACUGAAAUCACAAAAAGAUGCAUUAGUGUCAGACAGUCAGCCAAGACCAAAACUCAUCUAAAAGAUGAAACAAAGAUAGAAGAUUACAGUGACUUUCUAUCAAAGUCGAACAAAAUCAUGAACUUCCUCCUCAAACUAACCUCCUCUGCAGAGAAGUGAUUGAGAAUUCAUGGCCGACACAUCUGUCCUCAGAGGAAUAAAUGGACAUAAGAAAUCGGGGAGAUAAGCUUCUGCACUCAUAACAUUUGUUCACAGUCCAAAGAUGAAAUUCAAGUGAGUGAUUUUUCUUUUUCUAAAGCAACACUGUUUGAGAACAAAAAGAUUCAUAAAGCAAAGACAGCGCCGUGGUAGAGCAGAUAUUUGAACUGCAGUUUGUCUUCUUUUAAUACUGCAGAACUCAACUCUCAGAGCAGAGACCAAGAUGAGAUUUCUACUGAAGAAAGCAUGACUUACAAUUUUCAGACUCGCAUUGAAUCUUUUUCUGUGUGUAUGACCCAGCUGUAAAUAAACCUGCUGAUAAUUCCUCGGUCUGUCUCCAGGGUGCAGAGUGCAUGCAACGCUUUACAUUAAAACACAUACUUCCAAUUACUGUCAUGCUGCUUGCUCACCAGUGGCAGAAGCUCAACAGUGACAGAAUAAAUGAGCAAGAAAUCAACCGGAGAAAGUCAAAGUAACCUGUUGUUUGUUUGUACACUGGAUCCAGCUGCUCCGGGCUGCGUUCUGCUACGCUACGCUUCAAACGCUCUCCCAGGGCGCCCCUCAGACAGAGCAAAACCAGAAUGUGGCGCACAUGCACCCAAGGGGUUUCCGGGGUUAUAGAUGUAAAUCCUGGCAUACCUAAGUUACAACAGCUUGACUUUUUUGUGCAUAUGGAGAGGUGACUGGUUAGUGCAGAUAUCUCUUCCAGUGUGUUUUGGCUCAGAUUAUGUGUUUUUGCAUAAUUGUAUUUUUUGGAUGGUAACAGAGUUUUGUAGCAUUUUAAUGAUAUCUGAUGUGCAUGCAAAUUCUGUAUGCAAGGUCACAUAAUUAAAAAGUUGACUUCAGAAUUUAAUGAAUCAAUACCUAAUUCUUAAAAUUACGAUCAAUUUCAAUUGGAAAGUGGAAUUUUUUUACCUAGGUAACCCAGGCACCAAAAUGUCAAACCCAAAGCUGCAAAAAUGCAAACCCACAAACCAACAUACUGAUGUCCACUGUCAAUACAACCUACAAUUUUACCUGCACGUCUCCUAGAUUCCUGUGGGAUUUUAGAGGUUAAAGUUUUAUUCCAUGAUGACAAGUACCUUUCCAUUAUUUGACCUUAUUGACCAGUAAAUAAUUGAAAACGGUCUUCAGCUGUCCCUCCACUCUCUCCUUCUGUUAUUCAUUGCUGCAGACUUUCCCCCUCCCCCUCCUUUACCUUUGAACCCUCAGAAAAGAGAAAUCCUCCUGCAUAUCAGUUUCUGCUUUCGGUCUGUCAUAGCGUGAGUUCAGCCCGAGAGGUUACCUUGACAGUUUUUAGACUUUCUCAUGAAUAUUUACGAGUGAUGGCCGGACCUCCAUGUUGACAAUGCAAUUAUGCUAAUUGCUCCUGUAUCAUGAAUAUCUAUUGAGUAUAUGGAUCAUUUACAGGCAGUGAUGAAUGAAUGUCCAGAGUAUAAACAGAUUAUAGACCUUUGAAUUGCAAGCAACAAUCAUCCAAAAGGCUUUCAUCAGCAUUGGAUCUCUGUGAUCAUGUUGGAGCUGCAAAAUCUUCAAUAUUGACAUCAGUUUAACCUUUGGCUUUGUGUGAACGCCUUCUCUAAUUUUCUUAUUAGCUAGAAUAAGAGAAAGUUGAUGAAAAUGUUGCGUAUCUUUCAAAGUUUUUCAGAAAAACGUCUUUCCUCUGUGACUCUUGUUUUAGAAACACAUAAUGAGUGUUUUCUAUUCUUCUGUCUUUGAAUGCAGCGUGUUAACACAGAGCAUCGAUGACAGGUGCAUCCUGAGAUACCGAACAUGUCUGACUAAUUCUGAAUAAUUUCCCGAGCCGGGUGACAAAUUCUGCCUUCCUCCUGCACUGUGCCGAGCCGUCGAGCGUAGGCAUGCAUACAAAGCAGGGUGGAGAUUUAGCUUGGCUUGUUGUAGCGUGGCUCCCCGCCUCCCUGCAAACCGCCCAACACUUCCCUCUGUGCCUCGCUCCUCUCCGGCUCCAGCUCUCUCUCUCUCUGACAUUAAAGGGCAAGUCCUCAGAGGUUUCUAUCUGCCCCUCUGUGUCUGUCAAAGCUUCACGUCCCCUAGAGACACAGGGAUUUAAAAAAGCACAAAGAAAGGCAAAAGUGUGUGUUGGCGUGGAAGAGCCGGCAUGGGAUUUCUAAUCCUUUGACACAUCCGAAAACAUCCAAGUUGGCAAACUUUGGAAAGAAGAGAGUAACCUGCACAGUUUGUGGGAAAGGAGAAUAAAUACGCUGAAUCUGCAUGUAUAGGCCGGAUCCUUUAUUUGCUUUCAAUUCAAAUUGUACCAGGCCUUUAUUUGGAGCAGGCUUUUGUUAGAGGCAGGCCUUUGUAUCAAUUUUCCUGUGUUUGAGGAUUAUUUUUUCACAAAAGCAAUUGUGAGUGAUAACUAUAAGUACUCAGAGUACUUUGAGAAUUUAUACCAACUGUAGAGGAGCUAGCAGGUUAUUUUCGACUCGUUUUCAAAAAUCGCAGAAGAUAACAUGGGUUAUUUUUGAGGAUGUAAGGUCACUUACUCCAGGACUGAGGCAUGGAGUAGCCUGCCUGAACUAGCUCACAUGCUUCUUCCCUUUUAUUUUUCAAAUGGCAAAGAGAUAAACUGGUUUUAAACUGUGACAUUUAUCACGCCUGUCACAAUAUAAUGAUAAGUACUCCCCAUCUACACCUAAAUCUUCAUAUACUUAAUGUAGAUGGCAUUUAGUGCAGUCAGGAUGAGAGCUCGCAGUGCAGCUCUGAGCAGCAGAGAGUGGAGAUGCAGAGAUGGUCUGCAAUGUAGUACUCCCAAGACCUGACAUGAUUCAGACAUUGUGAACUCACUGUGAUCCCAGUCAUUUGAGGAGUCGAGAUGCUGGUUUUUAUUUAAGGUUUUGUGUAUGCAUUUGAUGCACCGACAGAGUGGAGCGGCUAGUCAUGAACUAAAACCAAAACAUCAUCUGAAUAAUUGAUGUAGAAAUUCAAAUAGAGAGAAAAGUUUGAGCUGGAGUUUGUGUUUGUUUUUUAUUGAAAAGUUCAUGCACAGCCUCAGUGCUAAGUCCUGGAUCGAUGCUGAGGUCCAAACUGAGUCCAUGACUCAGGCUGAAGAUCAGCUCUAAUUCUGUUUGCUGAGUAAACAGGGUUUUUCUUCCAUAGGCCUCCAAAGUGUUUUAAGAAUAACUCUAAGAUGAUGAAAGGUGAUGUUCUUCAAAACAGGAGAGCAAAAAAAAAUCAAUGAGUAUCAAUUAAUCUGCAUGUAAUUCAAAGUCAAAGUCAUGCUAUGAGUGGACAUGAUUGAGUUGAAACAUUGAGGAAUAAGCCAUCUGACUUCUAGAUAUCACAUCCUAAAACGGACUGAAAACCUGUAAAGCAGACUUUUCUUAUCAUGGGAGUACAUUUGUAAUGUGUGAGAGUUUGCAGAGAAGCCAGGUAGCAGAUUUGGACGAACAAUAUCGAUGACAUUUAACUCAACAGUCUGAAGUUAGAGCCACGCUGUCUGAGUUUGCUCUCAUUUACAUUCUCAGUCCCUCACCUUGAAACCUUUUUCCUACAGCACGCCAACUUCCUUCCUCCUCCUCCUCCUCCUCAUCUCUUUUCUUCCUCCUCCUCUUCACAAAGUCCACUGUCGUCAUAAGAUGAGUCACUGGAAGCUAAAAUCAUGAAAUCAAAAUCAGUCAGUAAAAGCCACAGAGACUUACACUUUAAUGUCUGUUUUCAUAUUUAAAUUAGUACUUCAUAUAAAGGGUGGAUGUCCAGACUCUAAGAUUCUUCUUACUCAACCUCAGAAAUUAUGUGCCGUUCCUUUAGAUUUGUUUGGGGAGAGUUCUUCAUGUUUUUUCUGCUUUUUGCCACAAAGCUAGCAGGGGAAAAAGUCCAGGCAAAGUCAGGAGUUGUCUUCGCACAAUGACUGCUGUAUUCAUGUUUUGUCCUUUACCGUGUGGGAACAGAAUCCAAAUCCUGAUUCAAAGAUAGAUUCUGGACAACUUGAGCACGAUCAUACAACCUUUACAGACUUGAAUAAAUUUUUUAAAUGUGUUUGGAUUUAGGAGUGUCCUGAUAAAACUUUUUUACUUCUGAUACGAUACUGAUAUUGUAGCCUUGAGUAUCGGCCGAUACAGUUAUUGAUCUGAUAUUAGCAUUAGUACACACUGUUGUUGUGAUCAUGUGGGCUCUGCAUGCUGGAUCCAGGCGCUGCUAGCUAGAGGUGCUGGAGUGGAGUCUGGAAUGGACUGCUUGUAUUGGAGUGCUGAUAUCAGAGAUUUUAGAUGCAGGCCGAUAUAAUCCGAUAUUUAUGUUUUAGCUGAUAUCUGACUGAUAUCUGAUAUCAAUAUCAUAUCGGGACAGCCCUAUUUAGAUUUAGCCCAUUUCCUAGACUUGGAUCUUGGGGCAGGAAGGAGAGGAAUGUUGGACUUUCAACAGGUUGUACCAUCAGUUUAAAUGUUAAAGCUACAUCGAGGGACUUUUGGUCUGUGCCAGCUUUGGCGCCCCCUGUGGACAAAGUGAUAGGAUGCUAAAGUUCCGAUUUAAGACAAAUCCCUUAUACUAAAAUGUUUAAACAGAAAAAAUAUUAACAACUAUGAAUAUUUGCCAAAGAACUCUGUUUCCCAUCCUGUGGUCUGACACCUGCCCCCUUCCAGGAGGUUCAGGUUUUUAAAUGGAAAUGUCGGCUUGUUUCUGAUCAUCAUAUAAAGCAAGGGACUGUGCAUUUCUAAGUAUUUGAAAGGCCUUAUGUUCAGAUUUUACCCCCUCAUCAGCAGUGUGCUUGGUUGCAUUAAAAAGAACACAGUGUGAUUAAAUAUGCUGACGGCAAAACCGGUGUGUGUAUGUAUGUCUGUGUGUGUGUGUGACUGUGGUUGGUCUGCUUUUGUCCUUUUGCUUUGUUAUACUUCUCCGCUCUGUGCUUUUCAUCUCUUUCCUCCUGGGUGUUUUUGUGUUUGUGAUGCCUGUCGUGACUCUGCGCAGCACUGAUGCUUCUUUAAAUUAUUAACAGUUACUAACUUUUACACGGAGGCAAUGUGAUUUCAGAAUAAAAGAAGCCUUUGUGCGAAAAACACCGAAGGGUUCAAGCUGAGGGGGCAGAGCACAAAGCAGAGAAAAUAAUUAGCGGUGACAAAGGUUAAAAGAUGAGUGCACAUUAUGGAAAACCUGUUGUACAUUUUGUAGAAGCACCGCGGUUCGAGAGCAAUCUCUGUGGGUUGAAUUGCUCUUUUUUUAAUAUGACUCAAACUGCAUUUACUCCGGGAAGCUGCAAACUGUGAAGCAGAGAAACAACGGGAGCUCUCAGAUCAGGAAAACAAAGCCAGUCCUCGGCUGCCUGCGGUCCAACCACUCCAAACUUUCCACCUCUGAUCAUCCGCAGAGGCUGACUGACGGAGGACUGAGGGGGUCUGAGCCGGGGACAGAUCAACCACAGGCUUGAUACACGUGGUAAAAAGACACGUUCCUGACAAACUCUACAUACUGUUGCUAUUUCAAGAGAUUAAACUGGUGAAAACUUGCUCUGUCGACCACAUCUAUGAGAGGGAUAUUUUGAAAAAAAGAUUAAAUGAAUUCUGAGAAUAAUUUGUCCUGAAACAUCCAUCUUAAGCACAGCCAUACUGAGCCAAAAGCUCCAUUAAUUAGCCCAUUUAUUCAGCAAACAGUACAUUAAACAAUUACUGUUGGAUGUCAGACAAUAAUUCAUAUCUAUGCUACAUCAUUUUUAUCUUAAAAUCUGGGCUAUUAGAUUUAAAAAAAAUAUCCACAAAUCAAUUUCUAAACAAGACUAAUUUUUUGCCGUUUUAGCCAUCAUCAGUUUUUUAUGUCUAAGUGGAUUGGCAUAACCACCUGCUUAUAGUUCAGUAUCCUGCUUAUUAUCAGACUACCAAGAUGCCUGUUGUCAUAAAUUAUCUAUACUAGUAUGAUUGAUUUUUAGAGCUUUAAAAAACUACUGCUAUGAUGACUGUUUCUUAUCGGCCUCCUUGCAAGAGGAGUUAAUUUUAAAGGAGACGUAAAAUACCCCCUAGUUUCCCUCUUUUAAUCUGUCAGUCUAGGACAACCAAGGAGUAGUUUUGCAUGAUUUGCAGCUAAUUUAUCUUCCACUGGUAUCUGUGGACACGCUUGUUUCAGCAUUUUUCAGCCCCUGCCUUGAGGGUGUUACUUUUUACACAGCUGCAUUGCCUUGAAACAAUCUGGAACUUUUACAGAAAACGGUUGAGUCUAGACAACCCCAGAUUUCACUAACAGCUGAGACACAAUCCAGUUUGUUUUGGCCUUUGUUUACUAAAGAGUCAUUCAUAAAAACUUCAAAAUAACAGUUAUAAGCUACUUUCUUUCAAUCUUUCGUCAUCACAGCGACUCUCCUGGCGAAAGCGUACAACGCUACUAUGCAAGUGGUAGUUUCAGGAAGUGGAGAAAAUCCUGAAAGUACAGAGAGCAAUUCGGCUUCAAAUGAGCUCAGUGAAGGCGGAUUGAUUUGAUGUGACUUCUAUAAUCGGGUCGUACCCUGCAUUAGUUUUGCUGCUCACUAUUAAAUCACUGUUAUUACCUGUAUUGACUGAUCAGAAUCAAGUGUUUAACACAGCCGAGGAAUAACAGAGAACAUAUUCCUCAGGGAGUUUAAACCUCAUUAGUUUUAAUGUCUAUUAAAACUUCUUCAAUGAAGUUAUAAACUAAACGAACUCGUUUUCAUUUGUUUUCCUUUGAGAUUGACGAUUGUUAUUCUUUCCAUGUCUUUGGGAUUGAAGUUACAUAUCUGAAAACAGCCUGUUAAGGGAAAAGACAGAUCUACUGUGGUUUUUUUUUAUAUUGUACAUCAUAAAUUCUUUUCUAGUCUGGCUUGUCAUGAUUAAAAUUUCGUUCACUGAUCACAAAUCUUGUUCACGAGUCUGAAUACAAACCACUUUGUCAGCAGAUAAAUAAAUAAACUCGACUCCAACUACAGAUGGGAAAAAGUUCUCGAUGAAAGCGAUGCAUUAAUGUCACCCCGACUCUGUUUCUCAGAUCUUAGAGAGAUUUCCUCCAGCACAAAGGCUGCAGAUUGUUUUGAUCGACAGAGUGCGAGGAUGAGAAAAUGUAAUGGCCUCACUCGGGAGGAAUAUAGGAAAACAGGCACCAGGGGAAAUAGGACAAAUAUGAGAUUCAGAGCGAAGCAGAGGAUAGAGGAUGAGAGAGGUUUUUAAACCGGGCAGAAAGAGAUUAAAGAAGAUCUCAGGCAAGCGAUGUAACCUCUGAGCUCCAGAUUCGACCGACGUCUUUCUGCUGCAGACUUCAUCUAUGAUUUAACUGAUUUGAUUACAAAGGUUUAAUGGAUCCAGACCUCCACUUCAAAACAUCUGCUAUUGCAUUUCUGAGCUGCGUUUCUCAUUUUAUCGUCAGGUGAUAAUUAUGUUGUCAGUGAAUCGAGUCCAUGGACAAAGAUUUCUCAGAAUAAACAGAAAACUGUAAUUAUGUUCCACGCUGGAUUUACAAGGAGACAUAUAGAGUUGGUGGUGACGGACAAAGUGCAGCACUGACACACUGGAGUCUCAGGAAAAACCUUUGUGGUUCAGCUUAAAGAAAGACGCUAGAUAAGGUUUCACCUCAAUUUUUGAUGUUUUGCUAGUGUUAACCAUAACCAUAAAGAUUUAACCCUUGUGCACCCUUCUAAUUUUACACUCUUUCAUCCUCUUCUGGCUGUUUUUAGCCACUAAUUUUAGCUGCAGUAAAAACAUAUCAGAGAUAUUUUUUAGAACUUUUUUUUUCUCAGAUCUCUUCAUCAAGCUCAGUCCUGAUAAAAAAAUACUGCAUUUUUUAAAAAAGAUAUUGGUUUUAAACCUUUAAAUGCCAGUUUCAGAGGUGAUGUUACUGAUUUGAGAAAAGAAAACACACGAAAUGACUGAAACUUUGCUAGGACCCUAUAUGUACUUAGUUAGGUGCUGUUCUGAGCAUUAUUUGUGGCUAUAGAGUGGCUUUUUGGUUUAGGUUUGUAUGUGGAGACGUAGACAGCUGUGUUUUGCUAUCAUGCGGUCAUCGCUGAAGUUGGUGUAACUAGAGAAGCAAGCAGCCGGCAACAUUCAUCUCUUUAGGGGGUGUCUAACUUGGUGUUACGGUGUGUUUGACCAUAACUUAAAUUUACGCUGGAAUAUCCCUUUAAAGGAAGCUCUUCCUCUUUGCUGUAACUUGCAAAACUCUGCAAAGAGCUUCUCUCAUGUGGUUGAAGAUGGGAUGGGAGUGAGUCUGAACAUUAAGAUAUAUGCAGGAGUGUUUGUGCAUCAUGUUCAGUGUCAGUAAGUUCAGUGAGAGUAAUUCGAUUACUCACUUUCGUCCAGUGAUUCCUGGUUUAUGCAGCAUGAUUUGCACUUUUCAGGAGUUCCAGUUCACCAUUUCAGUCUGAGACAUAACAGGUUACAACAUGCAGACGUCCUUAUAUUUGAGGCCAAGUCUGCAGAGAUUCUUUCUCUUGAAUUUAUGUGAUUUAAAAAGAGCAUGUUACAUUCAGACCCUCAUCACAUCACUAACAGGUUUACUAAUGUACAAAGAUGCUCACUUGGAGUUUAUUAAUUAGUCCAUUUCUUUAUCAGCUCAGAAAAGUGUUUUCUUGUCCUUUUUGUCGCCUUUAAAACCACCAUAAAAGCUUCCUCCUGUGUGAUCUUUCAGUUUACAGCAGAUAAAUGUUUUUGCCGAAGUCAUUUCCCCCUCUGCCGGGUAAUCCAAACACCCAGAUUACACGUCAAAAACGGAUCAGAUCUGUCCCGGUCGCUGAUAUUCUCAAUCCAGGUGACACAUGUAAUCUUGUAAACACACAAGGCCGCGGUGGGGAUAUUGUACAGCCUGACUUAUAGCUGCACAAUAAACCAUCCUUUAAAAAGAAGAAUUUCAAGCAGACAGGCGGGCGAUGUGUGAUAGAUUAGUCGUGUCAGGUUUUAUAUCAGCCAUUUAAGUUGUCACCCCGCACAGCAAACAGCCUCGCAGGCAGACGGAGCGCUGCACAUUUCUGCACACCGAGCUUUUCUUCUUCUUCUUCUGCUGCAGGAAUAUUUAAUAAAGUUGCUGACUUUGACUGAGUGAUUGUACUGCUCUGACAGGUGAAAAAUAAAGACAGGGGACCAGACAGCAUGUAAGACACAUUACCAGCCUCACAGACACCAUGUCCUUUACUGUGUCCUCUCACAUAUUUGUCCUUCUCCGGUCAGAUAGUCAUCCAUAUCAGCCACACUCAAUAAACACACUCUGGAUGUCUCAUUGUCUCGUAUUGGGGUCUUCCCUCAGGCGGUCCUCGCCGCAGCAGCCCCUCCCUCUCUAAUAGUAUUUCCUCAUAUCAACCAGCUUAUCAAAUCCAAAUUCACAUGAUGGAUAAAUCUGCUCAGGCUGAUGCGCUGAAGUGUCGCCUGCUGCUAUCAAUCAGCGCUUUUCCAGGUGAUUGUGUCCUGCUGGGAUGUAUGACAUUAUGAGGUCCAUUUGGAGACCCAGCUGAGUUACAAUGGAUCCAAUCGCUCAAAGUCAAUUUCCGGCAUUGCUCGCCUUUUCCUGGAGGAGCGGGUUUAACCAUCCUCACGUCUCCUCUGCAUCAUAUGCCCUCCAUUUCCCAUCCUCAUCACUCAGGAUGUACAGCCCACUGUUCCCCCCAUGUUCAUGUAAGUGAAUGUGUAGUUUAUAUUUUUAUGUUACAUGCAGGCUGUCUGCACACAUGGAUACGCUUUAUAGUGACAUUUAAAGACAGGUCAGCUGAAUAAAAAGCAGUUUAAUAUCUGUGGGCAAAACUUGAGCUGAACAUGAGGUUCGCUUCAUCGACUCUGCUUGUUUCUCCAACACCAGGGAAGAGUUCAUGACAUCAUGACGGAGACUGUUAGAUCACAAGUUUGCAUCAAUGCACUGCCCGCUGCAUUACCUGCCAAACCUGACUAAGCCCCUCCCCCAAGGUAAAGGGAUUUUACUUGGUCCUGUGACUCCCUCUUCAACCUUCAAACCCUUAAAAGCCAAACUAAGAGCUUAUCUUUUACACUGUCUGACACGCAGCAGCAAUAAUUCUGCUCGGAUUUCUUUGGUAACAUUUGAAAGGCUGUUUACCGAAGAGAAACCUGCAGAAGCAGCAUGAAGUUAUUAUUCAGCAUGACAUUGAAAAGGUCAGACUACCCAGAGAAAGGAGAAAGAAACCUAGCAGUAAUUCGGAGCUCUAGGUAUAUGAGUCAAUACAGCGUGAAGAAACAGCAUCUCAGGGUUUCCUGCAAGAGCGUCAGGCCAAAAAAAAAAAAAGAAAAAUCUACGCCAUGGUGGGUGACAGAGAGAAUGGGACUGUUUUUAAGAUUUAUACUCUGCAACCAAGUUUUUCUCUGUUAGAAGAUGCACAAUACUGUCCCGAAAAGAUGCCAGGCUCAGAAUAAACAGUGAGAUUAACAUGAGAUUAUAGUUUUUGUUUAGGCUGUGGAAGACAUCACGAAGAAAUGACUCAAAAAAGCCUGUCCCAAAUAAAGGCAGGGGGGAGUUCACAGACUGAAACAAACAAAAAUAAAAUUAUAUGCAGUGUACAACACCUUUAGGCUUACAGAAAGUGGUUAUACAGUAUAUUAGGGUGACCAAAAAGAGGACAUGACUAAGUGGGGGCAGAGACACAGCCACAUGUAGUUAAUUUUGAGAGUUUUUUGGGUCAGAUCGAGUGUUUGAGACAGUAAGACAAGUAAGACACAAACUAAAAACUUCCAUACAAAACCCCCUGACAUUUAAAGCAUUUUAUAAACUCCCCCAUACAAAGCCAGACAAGGCCAGACAAGGCUGGACAGGCUGGACAAAAAGAGGAAAUGUCCGGGUAAAAGAGGACACAUGGUCAUCCUACAGCAUGCAAAAGAAGAAGGAAGUAGAACAUGAGACGGCCUACAAGAAAAAACAAAAACACUGUGAGAAAUGGUUUGCAGUUACAUACAGUGUUUUACCAGCCAGUUGCAAUUUGAAAUUUCUCUAAUUUUGAUUUCAGAACUGUUUUUCAAGUCCAUAUAAAUGAUGCAAAGCUGUUCUGACUAGAUUUGGGAAUCAAAUGAAUGCAAAGAAGUCUACUUUAUCAUCUUGACUUUUAGAUUUAUUGUUCAAAGAAAUGCUGCGCCGCCACACUAGAGUGAUCUCAAACCACGGCUGAGAGGGAGGAGACAUCUUCACAGGACUAACCAUGUCAAAAACUGGAUUUAAUAUUUUCAAAGGAUAAAACCAUCACAAAGUAAGAAAUGUGCAGGAGUGCAGCUGCAAAAUAUUAAAGAGUGUGAGAAAACUCACUUGUGUGCACAAUGUCAUCCCUUGUUUGCACACGAUAAUUAAUUUGUGCACACAAGAUAUAAAGCCUGUGUGCUCAUGAUAAUUAGCUUGCAUGUGUGUGCAGCCUCGAUAUUGAACUAUUCACUUCUUUGUACAACACAGUAACUCAUGCAUAUACAAGAUUUAAGAAAAUAUCUCAGCGGCAAGAUAUGUAAAGUACCUUUGGUGCGCAAGAGGAUUAACUUCUGGGUGAAGGAUUCCUGAGGUUAAAUUCAUGUUUAAUGAAGAUAAAGAGGGAGUUGAUGCAUCAGUGAUGCUAACAAAAAACUGACUCACUCAUUGUCAUCAUUAUUCAUCGGCUAACAGCUGACAGGGCUCUAAGUUUGAAUAUUUAUAACAUUGAACGUUUGAUUCCUCGACACCAACACAAAAAUAAGAAGACACACCAAGGUCCGGCUUUAUCAAACUGCAAAGAACGUUGAACAUUUGCAACGUGUCAUUCAGAGAAAUAUUUCUACAUUAACAAACACAGAAAGCAUCAUUAUUGGAAAUCACUGCAGAGAAAGCCCCUAACAAAAAAAAAAGUCCUUAUAAAAAAUUCAGUGGAGGAAAAGUUUACUAGUCUGAAAUAAAUCCACUGAAGUACACAGUGUUAGUGAAAUCCACACCGCCACAGAGCUGUGUUAGAUUUCAGGAAUUUAAUCUCCUCACGCUGAGGUCUCUCCGACUCAAACGAGAGAGUUUGAGGCUUUUAAAUGCCAAUUUUGAUCUGUCAGAAAAUGUUUUUUUUCAGCCACUUUGUGGCAUUUGCAGUCCUGACAAGAAUCACUCUCAGUUAUUGUGACAUUAUGAAUUAAGGACACAGAGCUGAUAUUUCUCUGCAGACAGACAUUCAACACCUCAGCGCCAAUGUUUGUGUAAAUCUAAACUCUGUUUGGCAGUUUUUCAGCCCAUUCAUUCAUGUACUAGUCCUACAAUGUUUGCUCUGCAGACACUGUCUCAAGUGAGGUACAUUUGAGAGUUAGUACAAGACGAGCAGCAGUCUAAACAGAAGGAAACAGCAUGAGCAAAAACAAAGUCCUAUCAGGUAUAGUGAUUCUGACUGCAGCCAUGAGAAUAAAGAACAGAGAGAGCAGGAGAGACUCAAGUAACCCCGUGGUGAGUGUUAGGAGUGUUACCGUGCCUUCACACCUAGCACCAGUGUUGUUUUUGGCAGGCAUUUCAGAUUUAGUUUUCGUCUUAGUCAUUUUGACGAAAUGCUUCUUCGUUUUAGUCCCAUUUUAGUCAUUUCUAUCCUUGAUAGUUUUCGUCUAGUUUUAGUCCGACGAAAACUCAAAAGGUUUUAGUCUAGUUUUAGUCGACGAAAAGGUGCCUUUUGAGGUUCGUGGUGUUCUUUCCCGACAGUUUGAACCCGCAGCAUGAGGAAGCUGUGGCUCCACAACUGUCGUCUGUCUCGUCUCCCCGUCCAAGACAUUGUGUUUUAUUGUCACUUGGACUGUAUCUGAAGUAGGACCAUAAAUCAUCCCUCUUUUUUUGGCCACCGGGAACCGCUGCUGUGCCUGCCACCAAGGUGUGUGUGUGCGCGCCUCGUCUACCUGCCGCUCUGUGUAUGUGUAUGAGUGUGUGCGCGCAGCUGUCCGCGAGUGAGGCUUUUGGUGUGUGUGUGAUGGGGGCGUGACUGUUAGGACAAAAAAAAAAGCAUGUUUUGAAACUUUGUUCGUCCACCUAAUAACAAUUUAGUCUCGUCUUGUUCUCGUCUGACGAAAAUGAAUACAAUUUUCGUCACAUUUUAGUCUUUACAGAGCUUUGGUGACGUUCGUCUUAGUCUCAUUUUCGUCUAGGAAAAAAGGGGUCUGACGUCGUCAUUUAAGUUUUCGUCCUGCCUGACGAAAACAACACUGCCUAGCACGGGUAAAAUCAUCUACGUGCUUAACUUGCGCUUAUCUAGACGCGUGAAUGAAUAGUAUUUACUAGCCUCAUUUCGAGCAAAUCAUUUAGCCCAUUCACUCCAUUUGCUUGUCAACACAAAGCUGUGGAUAGCCAUUUAAGCUAAUCUCAACAGAGAUCCUUGCCAAUUUAACCGGCUGAAUCAAGUGAUAGACAAAGGUUUUUCACAACUGACCAGAUAAUACGACCUCCUCACUCACUUUCCUCCAGAUGAGCUCCUUUUUAGUCCCUUUUUUAUAAAAAAAACAGCUCAGGCUACUUGCACACCGACAUGAUAAGCUUGUCCUCCAUCCUCCAUGUUUUCAUGCGUGAUUGGUUAUCACGACACAAAUAUUUGCUGAAGUUGAGAUAUAUUCAACUCUCACGAAUUCGCAUCACUUGCGAGAAUGACUCGCUCAAUUUGCGUGGUUCGUGCAACCCCAUUCCUGUACGAGCAUCGAAUCAGGUCUUUGCAUUGACAUGACAUGGAAUUCAUUCGCGUGAAUGAUUUCACUCGCGCUUGGUGUGAACUCGCACUUGGUGUGAGUGGCAUGAGCACUUCAAGACCUGCUUUUUAACUCAAUGAGGGUAUGUGGGGCAGACCCUGCAGCCACAUCACUGUUUGCAGAGUUGCACCAUGGGAUAGCAUAAACAAUGCAUGGAGGCAUGAAGCAAUACAAUACUAUUCCAAGAUGAUACAGAAAGCUGAAUGACUGAAUUUCAUUUCUCUUGACUCUGUUGUGUUGUUUAAACCACUGCACACAGCAGCAUCCAUUAACAGAUUGAACACAGAUGACGCUGGCAUGUUGCAGAGCCUCUGGGUGUGAGCUCAGAGCCUGAUGAGGUUAGGAAUAAAAUCCAUGACUGAGACACUCAAAUUAAAUUAUUUUGGUUUAAAUGAUGCAGCUCCAGGACUAAUGGGUUCGGUAAUUGGAACGCACGGCGCAAGAAAUCUCGCAUUUAAUUGCACUGAGUCAUCGACACCACACUUAGCACACGUACACAGCAGUUAGGUGAGGGCGCAGCUUUGUGCAGAUGUUAGAAAUGUUAGAAAGCUCUGAAAUGAAUCCAAACCUGCAAAGUUCAGCUGAAAGGUCAGAGCUGAUAUUACCUGAGCUAAAUAGCAAGAUUCAGGAGCACAGACACAAAUGAAAAACUGGUUAUUCAUGACCUCUGCGUACACUGUAAGCCUGUGAACACCUCAGGGCUGAUAAAAAACAGCAUUUCACGCAUAACGUAAUCACGCCGUUCUUUUGAUUAAAUCAGGGACCUUAAGUCGUCUCUGGAAAAAAAAAGAUUCAGAGUCCCGAAAUCGAUUCUCUUUGGCUCCUGAGCUCGACAAAAUGAAGUCAUUUUACCUCUGUGCAGAAAGGAGAGAGGGAUUUAGAGGAGGGAUGUAAAUAAACACUGGGACAGAGAAGGAGGGGAGAUAGAGAGGCAAAAAAGGGGUCUGAAUGUUUUCUCCAACGAGAAAGAUAAGACUUAAGAGGCAGCGAGAAAUUGAGUCUGGCCAGUGUUGUAAAACGAGUUUGACACGGUGUAUGAAAAACACAUUGUACACCGCGGAGUUCACUGGUCCUCUAAAUUGUUAUUUAUUAAUGUAAAUACAACUUUAUUGGUCUGUUUUUCCCUGACUUCUUUUGUGGGUUGUUUUUCUGCAUUACGAGCUCGUAAGUGGACAAGCAGACAUUUAAUCAUCCUCUAAAAUCACAAAAUAAACCUUUGGAUUAGAGUCUCUCUGAGGCAUAUAACCGUUAAUACCAAUACAGCAACAUUUGGUGAAUCACACUGACUCACUUUCCCUCUAACAGCUGUACACCAAGACUUUUACUACUCAUAAGCCACACACUGUAAAAACAUUGGAUUUAAGCUCAAAUGUGGUGUAUUUACUAGUUUUCUGAAGCUCAAAGUGACCGCAUUUGGACAAGGGAUGGGGAAGAGUAAAUGCUGAAUUAUUAAAGCCAAACAAUCUUUGCCCUGCUAAUUUGUUGGCCCGCUAAUGAGCUAUUUAACCAACAUGUUUACCCCAGAAUGAGAUUCUGUUUGUGGUGCAUGGUAGCUGACCGGGUUUUUGAUUUAUUAGACCAAACUAGCCUGCAGAACUGAGAGGACCCACGGCUUGCUGGGGAGCAGAGAAACGGGGUAAAUGGGAAAAAAAAAAAAAAAACAACAAUCUUUUCAUCACAGUUUCCCUGGAAAUCCAGCAACAACCCUGACACUCAUGCACAGACUGCUGCAAAUAAAUGUAAAAAAACUGGAUGUGUGGCAUCAGAGCAAGCAGUGCAGAACAGUGUGUGUCGAGCUCCUACUGUGUGCUAACAAGCUGUGCCUCUCACACACUGGGACACUAAUAUUACACCUUUAGCAAGGACGUCCCUGAAAAAGACGUGGCUUGGAUGACAGUAGGGCUAGGCGAUAUAUCGAAAAUUUACAGAUACAUAAAUUUAUGACAAGAACCAACGUCAUUUUGCCCAUGUCAAUAUAUUCAGUGUAAAAAAAAAAUAGAAUAAUGGUUAGUUUUGGAUGUGUAUAGGUAGGCUAUGGUCUCAUGUCCCUUUUAAGACGCUGUCCUACGUCAGAGACGUGACUCCACCCCAUCCAGUCCGUAACAAAGAGGAAAGACAGGUGAGGAGAUGGAGGACACUUCAAAAGUUGGAGCGGCUGGAGCGGCUGCUGAAGUAGACAAAGUUAAUGUGGGAGAGGGUGAACAGAUUGUGGAGUAGUUAUCGUCCAUUUAUUGUUAUCGAGGUGAACUGCUCAAUAUAUCGUGAUAUUGAUUUGAGGCCAAAUCACCCAGCCCUACAUGGCAGCUUGUGUCGCUGAUGGAGCAGGAGGAGACCUGUUAAAGGUCUGGGUGAAGAUAAGGGCCAGCUGGUCAGUACAGAGGGGGGCACGCAAUCAGGUCCCGGAGCCUUCUUGAUCUUGUACCAUCUCUUAACUGAUCUGUAGGGCAGGUAGGGUUGAACUGGGAUGGCUGACUGAUUAUGAGUCCAAAACUGUUUUUGUAUCAGGCUGCAAACUCCUUUAUUUCUGCUUUAAAGUUGGACAUUUUAACAUGAGGAUCUACGGGGAUUGGCUCCCAUCUGGAGACAGCCUCUAGUGGACACUUUGGGUACUGCCAUUUUUGGCACAACUGUGUCUUUUAUUUUAAACCUAAUGGUCUUUGCCAUCACUUGACAGUGUUUCCUCUAGAAUUUUUUUUACCCCCGUUCUCUUGCCGCUCAAGGAGCUAUGCUGUUACAUUCAUGUUACGCUACCCGCACUGCUCGCUAUCAAGACCAUGCAAAAGCUUGAACGCUAUCCUUCAAAUUAAUGGAAGAGGGUCUGACACUCAUGUUAUUGCCAAAGCAAAUUCCUAUGUGUUUUACACAAUGGUUAAUAAAGGAAUCUGAAUCUGAAUCUGAAUGACUCAAAACAAGUCGGAAAUAACUCUGUGUCCAUCGUGCUCAUACAGUGUGAGUAGAAAUCAUUAGUGGCGCAUUGAUAUUACUGCUACUAAAGCUAGCCUAUUAAUGCUACUCGCUAUAUAGAGCGUAUGUAAGCUUGAACGUUACCUUUCACAUUGAUGGAAGAGGGUCCAACAUGAUUUGAUGCCCUCGUUAAUGACUCAAAACAAGUCGUAAAUAACGUUGUGUGUUGUGGUGCUCACACAGUGUGUGUAGAAAUCAUUAGUGGCGCAUUGAUAUUAACGAUAUUGUGAAAUUUCAGUUGCGGCGCAUGUAAUUCAGCAGCAGCGCACCAAAUGUAGGGGAAACACUGCUUGAGUUCUGCUUCAGUCGACCUAAUAAAAUACUAAAUCUGGGGUCAAUAGAGGUCAUUACCAGCCAGGCAAAUUAUAAAAGCUUUAUAAUUAGAGCAUGAAGGAACUACAUGCCUUUGAGAACUGGGUGCCCUUGUGCAUUCAUUUUUUCCUGUUACCUGCAUCAUCCCUGCACAAUAAGUGUCCUUUAGAUUUCUGCAUUGUGAGCCAAUAACAGUUUUUAUUGAAGAGAAAAAAAAGGCUGCGGAUAAGUAGAGUGACAAGGCUUCAAUGCUUUAGUGUUAUUUUCUUUCCUUUAUUUCCCUCAUUGUGAUUGUAUCCUGUCAGGAGGUGAAUGAGCUCAGAAAAAAAGAGAGUGAAACAUGAAGAAGUCGUUUUCAGAGGCAGCUGUUGUUGAUGAGGUAAAGUUCAGGAGGAGAGGUGCAGAGCUAUGCGUCUCUACUUUUUGCUUUUUAGCCGGGUGCAUAAACAGCCCUUUUAGACUUAAGGUAAGGGUACAAAGGUUUUCCUCUGCAGUGACGUUUGGGUGAAUUUCUCAAAGCUAAAAUGUGCUCCUUAGAACUCAGAUGAUAAACCAAUCCUUUUGGACAAUAAAGCCCAAAGCCGGCUCCUUUAGGAGGGGCCUCCCGAGGCUCCUCUGCAGAUAAACGUUGGCUCGGAGCAGCACCCGGGGUGAACGUGAAGUGAUAAAACAUUUUCUGCUUUGGAGCUGUUAUCGUAAUGAAGACGAAGACAUUCGAAUGGAAAAAAGUCAAAGAAACAUUUUCUGCAUUGAGUCAGAAUCCCGCCUCCUCCUCCUCCACCUCUUCCUCCCUCUUGUGCUGUAGCAUCUGCCUCCUGAUUAUUGAACAAGACAGAUUAGUGUUUUCCUGACUAGAGAGAGUGACGCUUGGCCAUUAUUCUGCUCAGAUUUCCACAGAGACAUGUAAAGAAAAGGAAUACAUCUGAAUUUUUUGACUCUGCUGAAACCUUUCACUAAGUGCAUUAUUAGAUAUAUAAAGGUUUACACAGGGUUUGUAGUCCUCCAGGGGAGCCCAGUUUUCUGCUUUGAGCAAAGAUCUCCAAGAUUACUGCUUACUUGUGUGGAAACCGACUUUUAUGCAGAUAUGUUUUGCACAUGCAUGCCCCAAAAAUGAGAUUUCUGCAUCACAGCAGUGACUGUAGAUCUCCUUUGUUUAAUAUUUUUGGCUAAAAAUGACAAACUCAGCAGAGGUUUGUGCUGUAGCAUAACCAGGCUAGACUAAUGAGAAUGUGCAGCACAUAAAAGAGUCAAUUUUUUAUUGCAUGCACAGAUGGCACUCUUGUGUUUGGGGUCCAAAUAUGCAUGUUCUGUGAGCAAAAUUAACAUCCCAAUACUGCAACUUUGAUUUACACAGAGCAUCAUGGGUAAUUCUCGUAAAAAAAAAAAAAUAAUAGAGUAAUUAUGAUUUGGUGGGGAAAAAAAAUCAAACUUUACUAGUUUAAAAAGAAAAACAAUAACAACAUCAAAAAACAGGAACUUUCUUGGACUAAAGUCUAAACUUCACUAUUCUGCUGUGAAUCAGAGAAACACGCCUGGGUAUGCUCUGUAAUACAAGAUCAGUGUGUACGUGUGUUUUGUGUGUUUCUGCAAAGACAAAGUACAAAUAAAAAUACAACAUCAAAAGUUCAGAACCAGGCAGAUUUUUUUUUCCUGCAGUAAAAGGAAAGAAAACAAUUCAUACUGAAAGCAACAUCCACUAAUGACCUGCUACAGAGGAGCCACAGCUGAUGGUAAAAACUCCCCGAGAACAAAACUACAAAACUCAGUUGUUGUAGGAAAUAUCACAAUGACAACUUAGAGAAAAUAAAAAAAUACAGAUGAUCCAACAAAUCCAAACAGGAACAGUAACAGAAACUGGCUCCAGAUAUUGACUAAUCUGGAGCCAGCAGGCUUUGUGAAUGCAGGGAAAAUAGUCUGUAUGGAGAGCAAAAGCAGGCAGAAGAAAGUACAUCAUACUGAAGUAGUAAUUUGAUGAUGAAGUGAGACAAUAAGAGGUUUGUACAAAGGUUUCAAAAGUCCAGACAGGAAUUUCAAGUAUCUCCGGGUUUUGUUUGCAAGCAAGGGCUGAGAGAGUCAAGCCAGGAGCCACUUGAUCCACGUACCGACCCGCACCAUUUUUCCUGAGCUCUGGGUUGUGACUGAAAGAAUAAGACAACCAACUAGAGAGUGUUUGAGGCUCGGACACCUGAAGUGGUUUGGGCAUUUAAUAAAGAUGCCACCAGGUCCCCUACCUUUAGUGGUGUUCCAGACUCGUCUCUCUGGAAAGAGACUUUAAGGUUGGCUCAGAGCUUGUCAGAGAGAUUUUGUGUGUCACCAGGUCUGGGGACACCUUGGGAUCGAAGAGAAGGAGCUGGAGAGUGCUGCAAGGGAGCAAGAGAUCUGGGUCGACUUGCUUAGACAAGUUACUUAAAUAUAACUCCAAGAAAAUGGUUGGAUGCAUGUACAGGGAAAUCUCACAGUAAGAUAUUGUCACAGUAUUAAAGCCACAGUACGGUAUUAUUGCGGUGUUUACUUCUUCCGCAGUAAAUAUAAAAUGCCUUGCUUGCGUUUUGGUUUGGCAUCACAUAUCUUUUUCUGGGUGAUGGUUCGUCAAGUGGCUUCUCAUAGUAUUUGGCGUUCCUUGACUUGUAGACAAUCGCGGUCUGGCAGUGUCUGGAAACAGUUUCUCCACUCUGCUACCCCUCUGUGCUUUCUGCCAUCUCUUCCUGCACUGUGCAGGGAAUCAUGGGAGAUGUGGUUUGCAUCUCAGACCGGCCCAUUCAAUAGCUGGCAGGAGUACUCCAAGUUCUUGUUUGAUACUGUCACAUACAACAGCAUUAUCGAGUUUUGAAACUGGAAUACCGUGGUAUUUACAAUACCGUUACAUCACUGAUAUACAAUCUUGGAUUUCUUCCCAACAGUUCAUCAUGAUACAACCAUAAAUUAAUGAUUUUUUAUGAAUGGGGGUUUGUGUGUGACCUCCUGCCAAUAAGCAUUUCAAAAGUUGUUUUCUUCAAGUUUGAUGAACCUGACAAAACUUGAUUUUAAACUUUUUACAAAUCUGCAUUAUGGCAUUACUGCAGCAAAUUUGGGACCUAUUAAUUACAAGAAAACUGCAGAAAACUCUGUGUCUUUAUCAGGUUCAUACUGCUAAAGUAAAUCAGAGAGCACUGAAACUAAGGCUUGCAGAAAAAGCAGUCUUGGCUAAUUGUAAAAUCCUGGCUGUGUAGGAAUGCCCAAAAAGUCUUCCACUACACCCAGAAGGAUCUAUCAGUGUUGGAUGACACCAAGUUGGUCCAGAGAUUGGGGUCACAUCAACGUGAAAAUGACUCAGCUGUUUCGGCUGCUCUCAAAUCAGACUUUGGGAAAAGCUGUCCAGCAGCCGUCUGAUUGGCCCUCCACUUCAGAAAGAUCGUUUGACUUUGAGAGUAACCUUGGAGCAAAUCUGGACUCGAGUGCUGUGAAAUUGUUUGCUUAUGGGACUGUGGUAAUAGAAGAUUUCUGACUGACGUAGAAAUCUGCUGAGCAUUAAUGUGAUUAUUUUUCAUAUUCUACGAGCUUCCUGCGGAGAAAAUUGCUCGGGUACAUGAUGAAACAGAUUUUUUGAGUGAGUAAUGCGAGAUGACAUGUUCGUACACGGCGUCGCACUUCAGAUUCAAUUUUUCACAGAACUGACACGCACACACACACAGACACACACAGUUACAGAGAUACUCUGCUUGUUUAACAGUUGGUUAAUUGAUUUCCCUCUGGAAACUGGAGAUAAGACGUUAUUUCCUCAUUGUGCAAACAGCAAUGGUAGGUUUGUUUUCCACCACAACAUUUUAAUCUCACGUUUCAGCGAAUCUAUGAUGCAACACUUUGAGUCACUGCAUUAGAUUUGACAUUUUUUGAAGGAGAUGAUCAUGCUUUUUUGAUGACAAUAUCUAGGUUUUAAACAUACUGUAUUUCUCUAACUUACAUCAUUAUUAUGCUGCAUUGUUUUGGUAUCAAAUUCACUUUAAUCUGGUCUGAUCCAGACUUUUUCUUCUACUCUGAAUCAGCCAUUAGGGUCCCAUCAAUCACUCUUUACCUUUACCAUCCCCGGCUCAUUAUUAGAGGAAAGCAGACAAAACACAACAAAAGGCUGUUUUUUUUUUUUUUUUAUGUUUGGCGUGCACCAAAAUAUCCUGCAGACUCACACACAAACACUUUGUACUUCUGCUCACCAAAAACAAACCCAGCAUUGCCUCAUACAUUUUCUUAAUGCUCAAUUUGGCUGCAAAGCUUCCUCUGUAAUUACACAGGAAGCACAGACUGAUAAGUGACUGCGCCCUGCAGAACGGACCAGUGUUUACUUUGGUCUGGCUCCUGAAAUAUUUACAGCCAAUGAAUAUGAGAGCAGAGAGGUGUCCAUCGCUCCGGCUGUGAUGUAAAAGCGUAUCAGUGCAGGGGGAAAACAAAGCGAGGUUACGGUCAGACGUAAAGUGGUGUAGGAGCUUAAUGUCAGGGCAUUAGUCUCUGUCAGAGCGCCGUUACAAGGCGGUGUGUGAGGCGCUGUGCUAUCUGGAGAGGAUCCAGCCGUGUCAGCAGGGCGAGAACAGGCUCAUUUACCUCCAGUCAGCUGCCGCCUCACAUCACAGGGACAUACUCAAACUCAAGGACCGAGUGUUCAGGAGUAAUCUGACAGGAUUAUGGCUCAGAUCUUCAAAAUAAGCCACUCAAGAGAUAAAAGGAUUCUUAAAUCAGAUAAAAUCAGGUAAUCCAGCUAUCUUUGUGUAAUUAAAACCUCAACCGUUUGUUGUGUUGUUCAAAACUUUUGGGGAGGAUUGGGGCAACUUCGAAAACACCCGGAUUACUCUGAAACCCAGCAGAAGGCAGAUUCAGACUGGAUUUCAGGAACAAAAAAGUGAUAAACAAAACUCUUAAAUUGGUCAAAAACACCACAUUACCUCAUUUAAGAUGGAGCUUUAUCACUCGAGAGGGAAGUUAUCAUCUCAGGUUGCACCAUGAUCGGAAGAGAAGCAAAACAGAGCCUCAAAAUUUGAGAAAACAAAACGUUUUUGAGAGUUAAAGCUCUUUAUAUAAUUCAGGUGAGUCAAAAAGCAAUAGUAUAAGUACACCAACUGCAAAAAUCAACUCACCUUUUAGAAGGAUAACUCGGGAUGUACCUCAAGGAUGAGAGCUCGGACCCCAGUCGUUAUGAAUGCUUCUAAAUGACAUCUUCAUAGUUUCUGUUGAGUUGAAAUUCUUUGUUUGGUUAAAACAAUAUUUAAAACCAUUGUAAUAUGGAUAUUUUUUAACUAAAAGUGAGUUGAAAUUUGAAAGACUUGAUAAAAUAAAGACACAGGGGAAAGUAAACUCAAAAUAAAUAUAAAAAUUGUUUUUUUUUUUAGGUAGAAAUUUAGGUUUUCCUGUUUUUUUCUGACAUUUGUUUACGUUGGGGCACAGAUUAAAUAUUUUUUUAAAGUAUGUUUUUUUUUAUAACAUGAACAAAAAGUGUAGACUUAUUGUCCUUGAAUGACCAGUUGAACAACUUUAAUAACUUACAGUUAUAUUUACAUUUAUAUUCUGUAAAAUCAACACAUAUUUUUGACUAAGGGUUGAAUUACUGAGCAGUAAGAGUGAUAAAUAUCUGAAAAAACAUGUUCAACCAGUAUUCAAGCUAAGCUCUAUUUAUGAGGGUCUCUUGGAUAAAAAAGGACAACUUCCAAUGUGUUAAACCAAGUCAGCAAUGUGCAGUUUUGGUGCAGCCAUGUAGCUGUUUCUAUAGACUCACUGCUUGUUGCUAAGUCAUUUGCAAAAGUCAAGAAAAUGACUUUUGCAAAUGACUUAGCUGACUUAACUGUACUUAACUGUACUGAACUAUAAUCCAGACACAACAGAUUGACUACAAAUGAUAAACAAACAGAAUUUGAAUACUCGUAUAUUUCACGCAGAGGGCAGAGGAGCAGCGAGCGCUGAAUUUCAGCCUUGGCAGAAGUCGUUAGUCUUUGACAGCACCGCCUCAGGAUCUGGACUGAAAGAUUAGGACACCACCAAGAACCCCUUCUUGUUGCAUCACACACUCAGGACAGAUAAUACGUCCUCUCUGAAUUUAUUUUCUUCUCACCCAUUAUGUUUUAUUCAUGAUGUGGCUGUCACUUGUCAGCCAGAGUUCACUUCGCCACAGACGGAUCUGUGUGCAGCAGAGCGGCGGUGUCGCUCCGAGGGACUCCAGUGUUCCUGUGCUGAAAAUAUGUUGUGGUGUCAUGCAAAUGUUCUGAUUUACAUCAACUGGAGGCCAUGGAGUGAUGAUGCUGUCCUCAGUGUCAGGCACGCUGCUGCAGGUGAUAUGGAUCCGUUUAUCAAAAUCAAUGGAGGGGAAGUUUCUGUAUUUAUUUAACCUGAAUCCAACCAUGGAGGAGUCACGGUCAGGAUAAAAACACUGUGGAGGAGGCGGUGUCAGGAGUAAAAAGUGGCACAUGUAGAUGUUUUAAAUCAGGAGAGUGGAAUUUCAUAAUUAGUUAUGUAAUGAAUAGUAAUGUGUUUAUCUCCCCAAACACUUAAAAAGCCUUUAUGUAGGACACGUCCCCUCCAUGCGUGCUUAAAUGGAGUGAUUGUGGAUGAAAUUUAAAGUCUCUGAAGGUAAUUUUGCCUUCAGUUACUACUUUCCAAUGUCUAAAUUACACCACAUCACACGAUUACAACUCGUCAGACAGUUUCUUUAGAGUGAAAAUGACAGAGUUGGACUUUCAUUCGUGAAUCUAAACAUGUCGCGUUCGUGCCAGGCACGUCUGUAGCGCUUAUUCAGACAUUAGCAUUGUGCAAGUGGCGCCGAGAACAAUCUGUGAAUCUCAAUUUGCAGCCUAAUUGUGUCUGUGCAGCGGGUGAGCUUUUGCUUUUAGAAAGUGUUUGAAAAGAGGGACGUUAGUCGGCCAAUUAUUACUGUUUCUGUGUGAUAAUGGUUCGUUUGCUCUGAAGUGGUCCUAAUCAUUUCCUCCUCAGGGCUGACAGCUUCACCCUCACCACCUCUUUGCUGUCUGUUUAGUAUGGAUGCAAAUGAAUAAAACAUUUUAUUAUAGCAUUUGCUAAAGUGGUGCUUGAACCUUAUUUUUUUCCUCCAAACAGCUCUGACUUCCCGUCUCCUAAUUAAUGUUGUUGUUUUGGCAGGAGAGAAUUAAUUAAUUAUGAAGAGCUCCUGGGAAAUUGAGAUUCCCUGUUUCCUCAGAAACCGCUCAGUUGUAAUUUUUUUUUUUUUUUUUUUUUCACCACAGAGUCAAGUACUGUGAAAAUAAGCGUUUUAAUAGCGCAUUAUCGCCCUUCACCGCACUUGGGGUUUAGUGGAAAGCACCCUUGUGUCUCAUAAGUCUUCCCAUAAUCAAAAGAAAAACACACUCAUGCUGAGAGGUGGGCAUGUCGGAGCGAGCUCAGAGGGUCAGUGUUUUUAACGGCGCUGUGAUCGUGUGCAGAGACUGUUAUCGUCAUUUUAAUUAAUACAUGCUGAAUGCACUUUACAUCCUCAAAAUGUGAUGCAUCUGCAAAGUCAGUCUGGCUCAGGCAAAGGAUAUAAAAAAACCCUAAGCUCCAGACUCUUUCACUCUCUGUUAUGGGCCAUCAAGUAGCAGCAGAUAGUAUGCUUAGGCUCGUCUGUGUACAGUAUGCAGAGCAGUGAUGUGACCUCGUCCUGAGGACAGUAGUGAAAGCGAGGCGAUUUGAGCCUGUCUGGAAGUCGAGCCGCCUCUUGUUUCAACAUAAAUAAAGGUGGUCAUGUGAUCCAGAGGGGUGAUACUUUAUUUGUGGACAUAUAUCUGUCUGAUAUGGAUAAAAAUGACUACAAAUGGCCUCCUUAACUUUGGUUUAACAGAAUUGUUAAAGUGAGAUUAAGACAAAAGAGCACCCAAUGUGAGUGAAAUAUAGAGUCAUUGGGAUGAGAUGCAAAAAACAGUGCCUGAAAUGGGACAAACACAUAUAGAGGUACUCUAAAGGGACAGUUCAGGUUUUUUUUUGUUUUGUUGAACUGUGGUAAAACCAGGUGAGUACCAGAAAGGACGGUCUGCUAUCAACCACUGCAGAUUUGGUGAAGUCUACCGAUGCCGUUUGAUUUUUAACUAUUUUAACAAACUCCAACCAAAGCACCACUCUUGGUUUAAGUGCACGCUCUAUUUGGAAAUUUGCAGCCCUUUGCUGUCAGGAAGCGUCAACACAUACGAUCCCUCGCCUGCAGCGAGUUAAUCAGCUGAUCAUUUCCAUGACAAAUGAGUCACUGAUUUAUUGUGAAUUUUUACAUAUUUGCAUCUACAGUUUAACAUAAUCGUAAUGAUCAAGAUUACCCAGCAGGCUCAGUAGUGUUUAUGGAGUUUGUUAUUCUCUGUUGUGGUUAUAGUAUUUAUAUUCAGUCAUUGAACAUAAUAUGGUAAUUUUCACCCCAGUCGUCCUCUUCAGCAGCUUACACAUUGUAUUUAGAUGGAGUCUGACAUAUUGUGCAGGCCACAGGGUUUUUACAAACACUUUUUAGAUGCAGUUUUUCUGAUUAAACUCAUGAAUAUGGAACAUGUGUUUGUAGCUUCUCCACUCUGGUUGUGUCUGUGUGAUGGCAGGUGAACGAGUGUACAACUUUCUUUAAACAUAUUUUUACCCCAGAGUUGGUAUUUAGGUAUGCGACUUUCUAAAGGUUAGCAAAAUCAACCAGCUGACUUCUUUGGGUACUUCCCCAAACCAGACUAACCCUUCGCCGUGUUGAUUGUCAGAGGAAUAAACUGCUUUUAUUGAUGCCCAGAGCUGCCAAUGGAUUUAACAAAUAGUUUCAGACAGUGCUCUUAAAUUCAGAUCAUUGCUCAUUAAAGUUGUCUUCUUCUGACUUGUUAAAAACACUUGAAUCCGACAACUCCAUCAUUUAUUUCUCCAUCACUUUAAUUGCUCUGCUCACUUGUUUCCUUGUCGAGACUGCGACUCUGAGGAUAGAUGUGGCGCUGUGAUCUCACAGAAGUAAAUACCAUCAGAUCUGACGCAGCCUAAGUGCCCCUAAAAGCAGUUUCAAAGACAUGCAGAGAGCGUCUCUGUGCAGAUGAUUUGCAGUACUGGAGAAGCUCCUUCUCAAUCCCAUCUGAAUAAAUCUAUAACAGAGCCUUCAUGAAAAUGGGGAGCCCUCUAUUAAAGCCAUUUGACAAAGUGGAUGCUCGCCUGAAUAUAUUAGUGCGUGGGGGUUUUCUGGAGAAUACUGAUGAACAUGUCUGGACUUUUCUGGAGGCUAUGCUUAAAUUUGAUGUGGGAAUAACGAGAGAUGAUCACCAUAAACCCAAUUAGAACAUUUUCACUCCCAAUAAAUCAGUCUCUUCUGAUUGUGGAUAAUGAGUUUAAAAAGUGGAGGUAAUGACAUGUAUCAUAAUACAUCAUAAUAACAGCAUUAUAUACUGUUUAUAUGUGUGGACAGGGUCUUAGUUAAAGCUGAUGCUGAAAGCACCUACUCAACCAGCACCAACUCUGACUUCAAACAGGUUCAUGGGUGGAAAGUUGUAAAGUAUCGCACCUCUAUCCACUCCAUUCUCCAAAAUUUCUGCAGAGUUUGGACAACACAAACUGUAAGACCAACCAACCCAAACUGCAGUUCCUCAAGUGUCCACUUGGGGCUUUAUACACACAUUCAAAAAAGCCUAUUCUGACAACCAGCUUCAUUCCCUCAUCUUUGCCCAAAUGUUAGGUAAACGCACGGUUGUGUUGAGUCAGCUUUUCUGACAUGGCGUCCAGUGUUCAUACACCGCUUCAACAACCAAUUGAUAAAAUCAAUGAGACUUCAUCCAGUUAAAAAAAAAACUCAAGUUUUCCACACUCGAGUUGCAGGCAUCAGUGGCUGUGUCCGAAAUGAAUCACUCAAUCCCUAACCCCUAACCCCCACAUGGGGUUUCACCAUUGUUUGCUGCGUCAUAUUGUGCCCGAGACUAUAUGACGCAGCAAACAAUUGUUUUUCAAAAACUGUGCGGAUCACUUGCGAGUGAAGUGAAGAUAAAAAACUUACACUGAAAAUGACAAAUAGAGCUCGGGUUCUGUCUCUUCUUGCUCUCUUCAUGACCCUAUCUUUGAAUUGCCGUUGGAGAAACAAUGCAUGACAGGAUGCCCACCACCGGUGAGUGACCAUCGGAUGGUUACUACAUUUUGCAAUGCUCUAUGGGAAAUUUUGAGUUGCCUAUAUGGCGACUUGAGGUUUCGGACACCCCCUCAAAAUGGCACUAACCUCCAUAUAGUCGUCUAUAUAGAGGUUAGUGAUACAUUUCGGACACAGCCAGUGUCUAAAACUGGAUUAUAAAGCAGCUGUUUCAAUAAACAAACGUGGAGAAAUAUCUUCCAGUUUCCCAGCGCUGAAGGACAUCAACAGUUUAGAGUUAACAGCUUCAUUUACAUCAAACUAGAGUCUCCAGGGUGGCGGACAUUGCUGUUUCUGUACUGUGUCUACUGUAGUCAAGCGGAUUUAUUCUAACUGGGUGAAAAGAAACUCUGGCAUGAGCUCAGUGUCUGAAUAGAGUACGAUCACACUACAAUCAAGCAAUAACUGAUGUGGGUUUUUUUGUAAGUGGUUGUAAAAGACUAUCUAAUUGUGAGCAGGUGUGUUGAUUGCAGAUUAAGGACAGGUGAGCAGAGAGUGAUGAAGAUGAAGAGUGAAAAAAACACUCAGGCAGAUGUCACAGUGGAGGGACUGUGGCACGUUUUUUAUUUAUAAAGCGUAACAUCAUAAGUUAUUUCAGGACACAUUACUGCAGAGGUCUAGACAGUUCUCCCUUUGUUGUUUUAUUUAUAGAGUUUCAGCAUUAAUCCACUGUGAGGAAGGAAAACUCUCAAACUGAAUCAGACUCACAGUGAACAGCCAUCUGCUGUGACUGGGGGAGUGGAGACGGGGACCCUGAGAGCCUUUGGAAGCAACAUGAAAAAGAACAAUUCUGGAGCUUAGAUUACUUGAUAACAGAGAUUGAGAUUGAGUUUCAGCAUGCACAAAGGGAGGUCUAAAGCCUUGUUAAUGCCUCUCGAUUGAUUAUGGCGUAGAAGAAUGAGAUGUCAUAGGAUCCAGACAAUAUGGUGGCGAUAAUAAAAAGACAGCAGUCAUCCACAACACGUGUAGCUGUCGGCAUAGGGUACAGGACUGCAAUUUACUACAGUAUAGAAAUAUCAGAAUUUAUUCUUAACUUUGCACAUUAAAAACUUAACUUCAAACUAGGGAUGGGCGAUAUAGGCUAAAAGAUUUAUCAUGAAAAGAUUUUCCAUUCUGGCGAUAACAAUGAAAGUCCCGAUAAAAAUAUAUAUAUAGUUCCUAUCUGUGUUUUUGACUCAUUUUGUCUUGAGAACACCGAUUGGAGUAGUCAAAUAAGAUACUUAACCACAAGUUUGAGUGGUAGGUUAUGGAGAAAACUAACGACAUCAAACAAGUCUCAAAUGUGUAACAUUGUCAACAUUUGUUAAAAACUCUUAUUGUACAGAGUGAACAACAGCAGAUCCACUGUCCGAUGUCAGGCAUAGCUGAUUGCACUCAUCUGAGCCCCAAUCUUAAAGGAAAUCUCUCAUGUGGAGCCUCAUUUAGAAACAAGCUGCUCAGAAACGUCUUCUUCAUAACCUUCAACCCAUGUUUGUUGGCUAUUCUGCUCUGUGUGGGAUAUGGCUGCCAGUCCAUCACUCGUGCUUGCGCCAUCAACUUGCAUUUAUCGUAUUUAUCAUGAGAUGGCAAAUAUUUAUCAUGGAGGAUUUUUCUUACGAUAUAUCAUGAACGAUAAUUUAUUUAUGGUGAUCCACGUGGAGGUCUAACUUCAAACUGUGCAUGUGCCUUCCGAGGUCUGCAGUGCCUACAGCUGGGUACUCUUGCAUGUGUGGUCUAACAAACCUGGUUUAGAUUUAGGAGUCCAAUGGUGUGUGCCAGGCUUAAGUGUGCACUUUAACUUCUGAUUAGUUCGAUUAUUACAACAAUUGAUGACUGGUCAGCCCUAAUGCUGGGAAGGUUGUUCCCCAAAGCUGCCAAACCUCUCAGAAGCAGGUAUAUCAUCUGAAACCAUCGUUUUUGUUUCCCUGAAAAAGUGGAGGAAUUCGCCACUGUCAUGUGCGGCUGCAGGGACAUGUGUGGCGUUCAAAACACCAUCAGUAUUAUUCUAUUAACGUGAUGUAGUCGGUAUCGACCAGCCGCUCCAUGUGCCUCCUCUUGUGGACUUAAUUGUUUUCAAACAUCUCUUCCUCUCGGUGCGAGCUGUCAGAGCAGCAUGCUUGUGGCCUUCAGAGUGUGUUUCCUCCCCGGGUGCUCGUGUGACUCUGACUGGAGCUGUGAAUUAAUCUGCUGGUAGUGAAUCAUCACGUUGCUCGCUCCCUGGCAUUGGUUCACUCUAAUAUCCAGUUUAACAUAGGUUGGCUGACAGCAAGAGAUAUGCUAAUUCAAUAGCACUUUUCACACAUCAUAAAUAAAAGCCUCUUCCGAGCUGGGAUUUGUAAAAACUGUUUAAGCCGCUCUGUCUGCGAGAGUUUGUUAUUUUACUAACAUGCAUCUUAAAUAUUGCUUCUUCACGUCCGCGUUGCACGUUCAGCACAUUGUGCACAGAUGACUAACCAAGGCAAACCUCAAUGUUAUCGGGCUGAACCACGCCAUAUUUCCACUGUCUCUUCUGAUGGAUGUCAGAUUUAUGCUGAUCUGUUUAAUAAAUGAGAGCAUAAGAAAGAGAGUUGCGGUGGAUGAUUAUUUUGGGGGCCCUUUAUAGCUCGGCUCCUCGCUCUGCCUGCGUGCUGUGAUUUGUAGACAGAUUGAAAUGAGGCUGGCUGCUCGGGCAGAGACUCGCCGCUGAUUUACACACAUUGUUAAAUCACACAGACAGCUGGCUGCUGCUGCUGCUGCCCACUAUCCUGCCUCAGACACAGAUCUAUCUCCACACAGGAGCUCCUCUAGACUCACAACCGGAUGGCAGCUCGAACCUGAAGUCUCAGCCACAGCCUGCUGCUGACAAUGGCGAGUACUACAACGGCCGGUAAAUGAUUUCUCGCCCGGGAUUGCUCGGGAGGAUAGUGGGACAAACCUCAGAGAGAAACAGACAAUGAAAAAGAGAGAGAGAGGUUCAAAGGAGCUGCUGGUCAGGUGGCCAUUGUUUGUGCUGGGAUGGAUAAAUAUCCACGGCUGAGAGCACAAAGACUCUACUCUGCAGCCCGUCUCCUUGAGGAAUUUGGCUGCUUUUCUUUCAGAGAGGGGAAACAAUUAUUUAUCUGAGUCAGUCCAGUGUGUGUGUGUGUCGGAUGGAGGAUGCAGCCAAGUCCCAGUAGAAAACUUGAAAAGUGGCGAUUUUUCCAAUGGAAAAAAAAAAGCUCAAUCCUUUUAAAACAUGCUGCAAACAUGCACAACACUGUUCAGUGAUUCCUCACAUAAAAACAGCCUGCAGAUGAAGUGUAGGAGACAUCAAGCGUAUAGACUUUGAGACCCAGGAUGGUGAAUGAGGACGCAGCGUGAGACAGAGAGGAGUAGUUAACGAGCACAUCAGUGUCACUGAUAAUGACUCAUACACACAAAACAGUCAGGGUGACUCAACUCAUUAAAUUGUAAUUUGGCGCAGAAGACACGACCCAUUAAUUCCACUGUGCACGCCGCCAAAGAACACAAGAUUAGCUUUUCAAUUAGUUUUAUUUUAUUCAAAUUGGGAAACCUGUUAAAUUUUAAAGCCAAAAAAAAAAAAAUUCUUAUUUCACAUGAGUCCAGAGGGCAGAAAGGAAGAAAAGACCGGAGAGUUCAGACUGAAUAAUGAGGAAUAAGAAAUCACCUUUUUCUAAAGCGAAGAAAGAGAGGAACUUUCUGCACAGAAAUGGACUUCUGUUUCCUCACUUUAUCAAUCAUAACGGCAUUUAAAUUUCAUUCCUCUCCAGUGUUGCCUCAUUUAUGCUAUUGUGGUCCUAAAAUGAAAGCUUACUCAGUAUGCAGCUGUCGCACUCAGCCAGUUGCACAGGCUUGCAUAGGUCCAAAGCUGGCUGCAACAUUUCACAUUGAGAAAUGAAGCUAAAGCAGAGGUGCAAAAAAGCUGCAGCUUUUUAAGAACGUACACUGAAGGCUGGUUGCAAAAGCCAAAGAAACUCCAUUAGUAGGGCUGUGAAGUCCUAGUCGACCGGUCGACUUACCGGUCAAUUCGUGCUGAGUCGACCAGAAUUCUGAUUGGUCGACUUGACUUUUUCCACGUAUAUUUACAGUCAGUGGUUAAUGUCAUCAGGAGAAACCAAGUGCUAAUGGGGGUGUUUUCAGAGCACCCCUGUUUCACAGGUAACACCCCCCUUGUUUUCACUAUUUUGGAUUUGCCCAACCCACUGGCUGGAGACUGGAAGAUUGAAGAGCACCCACGUUAAUCAACAUACAGGGGUUUGAGGAAUAUUUAUUUUCAUUUUAAGUGCUUCAACUUCCUUUUUUCUUUAAUUGCCUUCUUGUGCUGAAAUCGGUAUAUUUUCACCCUGCCAAGCCAUGUCGUCCCCCCGCCACAUAAGGGUUUGCCGUCAGAGUCGGAACCACCCCCCCAUUAGUCAAUUUUUGGUCAAAAAUUUUCGGCUAUUAGUCGACCAAGAAUUUAUUUUAUUGAUUACAGCUCUACUCAUUAGUACUGCUUCAUCUGUCCUACAAAAAAGCUGUGUCCCAAUGCAGGGGCUGCAGCCUUUGAAGGACUAAGACUGUUGUGGUCUGAAUGAAGUCAGUCUGUCUUUUUAAGGAUUGCAUCCUAUUUUCAAAUGCACCAAACUGGAACACAGCUAAUAUCCUUAGCACUGCUGCCAUGAACACUAUUGUCGCUCUGUAUCGUGGUGUUGAUUGUUUGGUAUUCUAAGCUGAGUUAGAACAAAACUACGCAAGUUGUUUGUCAGGGUAACAGGAUGACUUAGCAUAUUUCACUUUGUAAAUGUGGUCUUGUUUUGUUCUGUGUUGCUUUUAGUGUCAGUUUUUGGUUGUUAAAGUUUUACAGUCUGUUUUUGCACAUGCCAUUGGAGUAAACAGCCGCAUGUUAAAUCUAUACUUCCUCAUUACAAUACGUGAAUUACUGAGUGUUGCACCUCGUUUUAAGUAGGCCAUCCAUAGGGCAGGAAUAAGCAGGAAGAGCUCAACCUCCUGAUGAAAUCCUCAGUACCAACACAAACUCGUUUUCCUGCCAGCGUCUCUCACCGCGGCUGUCAUCGCCGUAACAUCAAAGCUCUUCUCCACAUUACAGAUGUGAGGAGGAAGCCUUUAUUUACCACAUACCAUACUGAGAUCAAUCCAGGCUCACUUUACACAUAAUUACCAAGCGAGCACGCUGCACCAAGCAGGAGUAAGUCCCAGUUUUACAUCCACACAUGUAAUCCCGUCCCUGCUGCCAGCAUCCCAGUUCAGUGGUGUAUCCAGAGGGUUCUGGCCUCUGACACAGACUGAGGAAAUACACUUCACACGAGUCUCAAUCUGGACGGUGAUCUGUCACAUCCAGGCUCAUUUCUCCAAUCUGAGAGGCUGCAGAAAACCCUUUUUUGAACACAGGCUUAGUGUCAUGGUGGCUUAUUACCGUAUUUGAAGCAUGGUUGGCAUGAAGUACCUGCUGGCAGCCGAACUGAGGCAGCAGGGACUUUUUUUCAGUGUAAUCUCAUUAGUUCAAAAGAGCCUCUUCUUAAGGCGACUAUAUGUGUUUUUUCUUAAUAAUUCUGUUUCAUCUCUGAGUGACACUGGAAAGCUUAAUAGAUUUUAUUUACACUGUGAGGUGGUGAAUUAGCACAGCAGGUGACUCACUCCAGUUAUUUCUGCACAAGUCUUCAUUACAGUGUGUAGGAGGGGGGGAGCUUUUAAUAUGGUUAAAAAAGAAAUACUUCAGAAACUUCUUAAGAAAGUUUUUUCAAACUAACAAGUUGGACCACUGUUUAUAACAACAGUCUUUUAGAAAUGCAGCAGUAGCAGGUGGGGUUACUUUUUCCCCCAUGCUCUGGUUUAUCACGGUUUCACUCUUUUUCAUUCAUUUAAAGCUCCUGUGAGGAACUUUUGAUUCGUGUCGAUUCUGGCACCCCCCUGUGGACAAAGCAGUCUUUACCUGUCUUGUCCAAUAUAUGGUUAAGUCGUGUUUUCAGACAAAUAUUUCAUCCUCCUGUUAUUGUAACUCCUACCACCUCAUACAGGGUUCAUACAUCAAAAAUUGAUAAUUAAAGGAAUCAGUCAUCUUACUGAUGGUUUGGUUUGCUGGCAUAUAAUAUAAAACAGCUAUAAUAUGAAUUUCAGUCUUUUACAGGAACUUUAAGUUUGAAGUGCUGUCAAACACCAUGUAUUCAUUUGCUGUAGAAGUAUUUAUAUAAAUAAACUUUUGGUGUCACAAUAACCAUUUUAUUGUGAAUGUUACCUUAUUCCUAACUUUUAUGUCUAUGUAGAUUCUCAUUCAUCCAGGUCAUGGUUUUCUUCAAGACUCCAAAAUCAGGCAACUGGACUGUGUAGAGUUGAGAACUUUAUUUGCUUACAUUGGAGUCACUCAUAUUGAUUUAUGUAAUUUCACUCAUGUUGGGGGCCUGUUGAUUGAGGCAUUUUCAUUCAGUUUGGCUUUUUAAAAUGCUUUAUAAUCCGAUCAUUAGGCUCCAUGUGAGUGCAGCUCCUGGAUUUGUCCUAUAACAGCUGAAUGUGUGGCUCAGAGCUCUAAUUAAACCAUAAAAACAAUGAACGCUCUAUCUGCCUGACACGUUAAAACAAACUAACUCACAAACAGCAGAAGUUCAUCAAUUUAAACUCGAGAGUCAUCCUCAUAAAACCUCAGAAUUUAUUACCCCCUCUCCUCCGUCUCUCGCUCUUUUAAUAUCAGCUGCGAGGUUUCUGACCUUUCCUCUAUCACAUUAUGUUCUCCGUCCCCCACACUUCAUCCUCCCUGCUUCUUCUUGAUUUCUUACUUUACCGCUCGCUAAUAAGGUUACAUGAGGGAGGGAUUGUCAAAGCUAAUGAUUAAAUCUGACAAGGUGUUGCCGGGUCGAACGCUACAAGUCUGAGAUUUGUCGGGAAAUCUCGACGUUUCUCUGGAUGUGGAGACUGUAGCUCCAUGGCCUGCAGACUUCUUGAAUAUAUAUUGCUUAUCAAAGCAUGGGGUGCAUGAUUGCCUCUUUUCUUCUACACUAUUUUAUCAGCCCGCUGACUUGGCAGCUGAAUAUAUGCCCUCCACUCAUUGUCCGUCACUGUUUCAGAAUUUACGGUCUAAUAAGCUUAUAAAUAAUUCCCUCUGUGUCCACAGAUACAAGGAGGUUACAGAGUGUCACUACACCGCCGUCGAUACCGCAGCAGGUUCACAGGCGGCAGGCAAAUGACUCCGGCCCCCCCGCUAUCUUGGCCGAGCAAUUUCCCCGGAGACAUUUCUGCUAGCGGGGUCAGUCCUUCUGUGUGAGCUCAUGACUCAUCCUCCGUCUGUCCCCACCGUCCACUGAAGCCCAGCUCGCUGCUACCAUGGUAUCAGCUCUUUAGUCUGAGGACACCAGCAACCCAGGCUCCACCCCGCACCCCCAACCGAGCUGCAAGCUGCUCAUCUUCCACUAUCCCCCCCCCCCCCCCCCCCCGAGUCGUUUAAGCUCUCCACAGAGGGGACUUUAUAUACCACCCUGAGUCAGUCUAUGUUAUAUCCAUUUACAACCAGCUGAUACACCUUUAACAUGUGGCUCCAUCUUCAUAAACCUGCUGCCUCUUUAAAUGUCUUUUUCAUGAGGGUCAAAAACAUCUUCAAAAGACUUGUUAACAAGUUUGCACCGCCGUAAACAACUUAAGUUUCUAUUUGAAGGGACUUUUAAACAGACUGAAAUUAAUACUGAUGUCUUUACAUGGACUUAGCAGCAAAAUGAGACUGUUAAUGACUUGAUAUCAACACAGAUGAGGCAUUUAACAGUCAAGAAUAAGUUCAAAUAAGACACAUGAAAGUAAGUGAGACAAAAAGUAGAAUCGGGAUAUUCUUCUUUUAACUAUCUGCCUUUGACGCCUCUCAUUUGAUGCCAUUAUGUCACCUCUAGCCAGAUUAGGUGCUCAGAUACGACAGCAGCAGGUGAAGGUUUUGCAUCUGCCAGUGUUUCCCACAAAUAGACAAUAACUUGCGGACGAUCUCUGUUUGGACUGUGUGUCCAAACAUGCUCAAGCACAUAAAGUUUACGGUGACUAUGACACAGGACAUUUAUCUCCAAACUCAAACAAAAUCAUUUUUCCGAAAUGCUGCUUCAUUUGCACUUCACAAAUCUCCUCUGCAACAGGUAGCUUAAACUUUUUCUGGUGCACAUUUAUAACAAAGAUGUCAGUUGGUUUUGGUGCAGGUUAGAGAGCAAAUUUAGGAAGAUAUUUUGUAGUUAUGAACCAGAUAUGGAUGCGAAUGUCCGGCUCACCUAUCCAGGACACAAAUGACUUCAAACAUUUUAUCCUUCACAAUUUUCUUCAGAGGGUCUUUGUGGAUAAAACUUACCUACUGAGUCAUAGAGAUGGAGAAAGCUGGUCCAUUUAUCUUCAGAAUAUUGAACACAAUAGUGAGCAGGAACUCUGUCAAGUGUGAGCUAUGUGGUGAAGUUAUUGUAUGAGGCUUCAAACUCUCAAGUGCGGCUCAAGAGUUUGGAGAUCUCCGGUACUCAAUAGUUUUAUUCAACUGCCUUCUCAAUACAUUGUUUUCUUUCAGAGUGCUCAGUAAAAAAAACCAAGUCUGUGAAUAUGCCGUCAUUAAAAAACCGCACGACUUAUGAUUUAAUCGUCUUGUUGGAUGGAGAAACUUUCAUCCAGAGUCUCACACAGAUAGAAAAAUUGAAAAAUAAGCAAACAGUAAUACUUUGAGUUCAUAUUUGUGGUUUUGUAAGCUGGUGGCAUCAAACAAGAGGAAAAAGACAAGAAGAAGAAGAAGCAGCUAGCGAGCUACCUGUAGCAGCCCUCUGAGUGAUGACUCAGCACUUUUUAAAACUGACACUUAAAGAUUUACUGUGAAUCCAAAAAUAACAGUAACCUGAAAUAGACUGUAAAAACUUUCAAAAUAAAAGCAUUUGCCUCAUAGGGCAAUGAUUUAUCCAAAGAAGUUUUCAUCAUGGUGCUAAUGAUGUGGAUAAAUUAUAAUUUCAGACAUUUUUACAAAUAGAUGAUGAGAUGAAUGUUAACCGUGUUUACUAGUUAAGUUUAUGUUAUUAUGUUUUGCUCCACUAUGUUCUUGCCUUUCCUGAAUUGUUUCAUUUGUUAAUGUACCUCAAAUAUGAUCAUAAUAUUGUAACACACUUACUCUACACAUUUAGGGGAAAAAAACAGCAAAGACUGUUUAUGUCCAGAGGGGGCGCCAGAUUUGACACAAACCAAAAAUACCUUACAGAAGCUUUAAAACUCAGACUGAAAUAUAGAUGAGUUCAGGUCUGGAUUCGUUUGAAUGAAUUUUGACCUUAUUUGUUGCAGGAACAUUCAGUUAGUGUAAACAUCAGCACCCCCUGUGGACAAAAUAACACCAGAAUAAUUGUAAACUGAGGCUGUAGUAACUUUGACACGGACGCUUCCUGCACUUCAGUUCACUCAAAAGUUUCCCUUUUAUGUCCUGCUUUAUAUUCCAGCUCAAAGAAGUAACAUCUUAAUUUCUGACAGCAAAGUAAAACAUAAAAAAAACCUGAACCAAACAUUUACUGACACCUAUGUUUCUUACUUUAAAUUCACACAAAAAAUAUGAGGAAGAGUUCACCGGGUCUGCUUGUAGCCUUGAUUCUGAGCAAGUCCGUCCCAGUUAGUUCCUCAACAGAGGGGCUGAGCUGGCCUGGAUCCACUGUGGUUAAUACACUUCAUUUUGACAAGUACCUCAAACAACCCCACUUCAAAAAUAAAAAGUUCCUUUAAAGUUUUCAGCACUUUUAUCUCUGAAUUAAUUGGAAACAAGAGACAUUCAGGUUGUAUCACCCCGUGUGCUCUUGACUAACCCAAAGCAGAGCCCCUUUAAUACCCGACUCACUCACACAAGGUUUCACAAGAACAUCUGUGAUAUAGAAGUGAAGAAGUUGAUUCAUGCAACAUGAAAUCUCUGCAAGUUUUUCACAUGACAAGAUUCAUCAGAAGCCAAGGUCAGCUCAUCCAUCUGACGGAGCUCUCAUCUCUCACAGCGAGUGAUGCAGAGUCCCCCGAGCUGUGCCGCCGCUGCAGCAGCAAUUAUUUCAGGAUGAAAACACACCAGGAAAUAUUCUCGGUACGGCGACAGCGAGCUAAUGCUGUUUGCCAUUUCAUUAGAGUCCGACUGAAAUCAAAUCACAGUCAUUCUUCUCUCAGAAGUGAUGUCAAGGUGGUUUUACAAAGCUGUUGUUGAAGAGCUUUUAAUCAUCGAAAGGAUUAUUGAAAAGUUUCAAAUUUAGACGCAUCAAAGUUUGUUUUCUUUGAAGCUCCGCGGUGAGCAAAGACAAAAACAAAGACAAUAAAAAUUAAUUGUGAAACAUUAUUAAAAUUCAUCUCUAAAGUCAAGGGCAUGUUUUUGUCUGCAAGAAUGAUGGAGAAUCAGAAUUACUUAAACUUGAAGUACACUCUAGUUCACUUUUACAGAACAGUUUGGUGUCAUAUCUGAUUUUAUUACCGACAGUGAUUAUAAAUACAGUUUUGAGUCUAACCAGAAUAUAAGGUUAAUGAUUUAACAUCAAAAUUAAGCAUUUCCAGUUAUAGUAUGAGUUAUUCUGACCAACCAGAUAUCAGUGAGAUGUUCAUAUAUGCAUGAAACUGAUGGUAUGGAGAGCAAAAUCAGGCGGGACACAAUCAGCGGUAAUCUGAUGAUGAAUCUCUGCAGACAGAUAUGUUGUUGCAAGUUCAGCAAAUUAUGUCAAGAUUUAGCUUAUCCUUUACCUGCUUAUAAUUCACUCUCUGUGGCGGAGACUCACAGAGAAGCAGGUCUUUGCUGUAAGUCAUUUAUAGCCAGCAAAAAUCAGCAUUAGAAACAGCUGAUGAGUUCUGGGAUUAGGAUGAUGCUUAUUUAACUUUCUGUGGUGCAUUCAGAGCAGAAGGUCACUGAAACUAAACCUACAGACACAGACUUAAAACCUAAACAGAUCCAUUCACAUUUGGUCAGAAUAAUCUGUAGUAAUGUGGUUGUCAAGCCGCAGCUGUGGCGGCCGCUGUAUUCCCAUAGAGCAUCUGGACCUGUCUCCGAACACAAAAACCAACACUGUGAGUGUGUGUCAGUCCUUUUGCUUAAAUUCAGGCCUAAAUAUUUUAUAGCUAAUCUUACCCAGAGGCAAAGAGAAUAAAUGCCGAGCAAUAACAGCAAGCCAAUUCUCCCAGUGAUCCUCUUGUUACACUACAGUCAUUAUGUGCUAUUAAAAUUUAUCUCAGGAUGAAAUAUUUAAACAGCGCUCUCACACAGGGGGUUCUUCAGGCUCCUGUGAACUCAGAUACACUUCAUCUAAGCAUAACAGCAUGCUUUUUAAAGUGUUAAAUAUAGGAUGGAGUCUUUGGUGUUUAAAACUUAAGAGCCCCUCAUGUGUAAUUGUUGUAAAUAUUUGACCAAAAAUAGGCAAUUAAACCAAAAAAGUAAUCUAUCAUUUAGCCGUUUGCCAUGGGCUUCUGUUUUUCUUUUUUAAAGAUAAUUAGCAUUAUUGAUGCCACAAGUUUUGAGUUUUUUAAGAGGGAGUUUAAUUUUAGUAUCAAGAGUCGUCUCUUAUUGGCGCUGUUUCAUCGGAGUUGGCAAACAUGUCAACAGGUGCUGAAAUUCAGUUAAAUGAUUGUAAAGCUUAAACUUCAGGCAGCAGUAGGAAAUUGAAUUAUAUCCCUGUUUGCACAAGAAACUUGUGAUAAUUUCUAAUAUUUGUUGAAGCUCCUCGAGUUUAAUUCACAUGCAAAUCAGACAUAUUUCGUAAAAAGUUUCAGGGCAAGUCACCUCCCAUACUUUGGGUCCCACAAAGCUCCUCUGAUAUUAUUGAUUAUAUGCAGACGUCUCAGUAACUUAGAGAGGUACUUUUUUGAAGACUCAUUGGCUCAUUCUGCUGCUUAUUCUACCAAUUUUCUGGUCAAUUAAGAUAACACACUGUGAAUCUUGGAUUAUUUUGAAGCUAAAAGUUGGCUACUGCAAUGUUGAUCAGUUCAAACGACAAUAAAAACUAGUGUUUGUUUAUUUUUCUGUUACUCUUUGGAUGUUGUUCGCAGGGCUGUGAUAUUGAGUGUCAGUUUUGUACAUAAAAAUGAACACAAACCUAUUUUGGUGAAAAGUCAACAGCUCAUUUCGAAGCCAUGAAUGGAAAUGUAACUUACUCUGGGGACUCAAAUCAUCUGGAUGCUUUAAAAUCACUAUAACAAAAAAGUUAUAGCGGCUGAAGUAGACAAAGUCAGUGUGGGAGGGGGUGAGCAGCUUGUGGAGUAGUUAUCGUCCAUUUAUCGUUAUCGAGGUGAACUGCUUAAUAUCGUGAUGUUGAUUUGAGGCCAUAUCGCCGAGCCCUAUUUUGCAAGCCAUGAAUGGAAAUGUAACUCACUCUGAAGACUCCAACCAUGUUUGCAGACACUUUAAAAUCACUAUUGAAAAAAAGAAGAGAAAAAGCCAGAGUUGGACUCGAUACGACUAUCAAACCAACUAAGUUAUUGUUUAUUUGUCUUUUUUUUCAAUAAGAAAUAUCAGUAAAUUUAACUACAGUUACAUCCUUUUCUUUAUGCCCCACACCAAACUCUCAUAUCAGGGAGUGAUUCAGAAAUUAGCAGAGAUCUCCAGGUGAUACUGAUCUCAUGAAAUUAGUGCCUCAAAGCGGUUCGACCAAAGUUUAAUAGAGAGUACAGAUGAUGUGUGACUUUGAUAUUUCAGUCUUUAAAACAUCUCAUCUGUCAUGUUGGGAUUUUUUGUACUGACGACCCAGAUGCAGACUACUUUAAAGACUGCAAAAAAAAAGGAAAGACUUUCUUUGAAGUGUCCACUUUAUUAAAUAUCCAAAAGAUAAAACGUCCAAUUCAAAGGAUGAUAAAUACAAGUGCAGCUGCAAAAAAACCACAAGGCCAAGAACAAACUGGCUAUGAAACAGGAAAGAUAAUUUUAGCUCAAUCACAUUUCUCAUUUUUACACCUGUCCCUCAUUUGUCCAUCAAAGUUCACGUCAGGUACCUGGAGCAGAAACUUUAAAGGUAAUAUACCAAAUAUCAAGAGGUUCCAGGAAGCUCCACAUGACAUAUAAAAUACUCUUAAAUGAGUCAUCCCCUAUAAUCGGUGCACAGUAGAAACUAGGUGCACAUCUUAAACGGUUGGAUUAUCACUGACCUUUUAUAUCCGUGUUUGUUUCAUCAGCUCAUGAGAGAAAAACAGACCUGGGUCUUUCUAUGGCUGACUGAGCUUCAGCAGGACUCAGUUUGCUUCAGCUGCUCUGUGCUGGAUAAUUCUCCAAUCCUUCGUUUAUCUGAACUGUUUGGUUUAAACAGCACGGCAGGUUUGAUGAGAGCUACAGGACUCAGCUGUAAACCGAGUCUGCCAAAGACAAGCAAAAGCGCUGAUAAUGUCUGGGAGCCACAUGUGCGGAGCGAGCCUCAUUUCUACAAACGAGUAUUUUUUUUCAAAUGAUAAAUCCAUGGAAGUAAUUAAUUAGGCUUGGUUACAGGGAAAGUGUUUUAAUCACAAGUUUUGCACAAUUAACCUUAAAAAAUAAUGUGGAAAUAGUAUUUUAAAAAAGCUGAAAUAAGAACAAAAACAUAGUACAGAAUAUACUGUGCACUGAUGAGGUCAGGACAGGAGGUCCGUUUCCUCUGGAAAUAACAAGACAUGACAUCCAUGAUUUCCUACUAUAGGGUAGUUUACAGUUCAACCUAAACGAGCUCAGCCUCAGAGAAGUCACUGGUAAUCCUGUUACAUGUUUAUAAAUGACUUUCUUUUGCAUGACACACUUUUAAUCUGCAUUUGUGCACACUACAAUAACACUUGAUAAUCACCAUCAUCUUUAAAAGGUAAAUGGACACUUAAUUAGUGCUAGAUUAAAGUAUAAUUUACUAGAGUUAAAAAUUGUUUUACCGCUAAUUAAUAAUAAAUAACACUGAUUGUAGUUACUGUGAUAUCUCUAAUUUCUUAUUUUGCCAUAAAUAUCGAAUAAGUCAAUAAUGUUUUUAAACAGAUGAUAAUAAACACUAUCACACAUCUUGAUAACAUUACCAAACUAUAAAAGUUGCAACCGUGGCUUAAUGAUACUUAAUAAAUGGUUUAUAAACACUUUACACAGCUUAUAUUAAUAUUAAAAGGCUUUAUAACUAUAGAGCACACACUGAUAUUAUGGAGACGACUGUAAUAAAGUUGUAACCAAGGUUAAUAUGGUUUUAUCAAUGGUUUAUAAACACUAAACACAGCGUCUAUUAAUAUUAUUUGGCUGGCUCUUAUAAAAACGCAUAAUACCUUAUAACUGGUUUAUAACCAAUGAACACAGCAUAUACUGUAUAUUAAUGUUAUUAAGAUGAAAUGUGCAGCUGCAGUUUGGAAAAAACUGGAUGGCUUUUAUAAAGCAGUAACUAGAGUUUAUAUAGUUUAUUUAACACUUUAUACAGAGUGUAUCAGUAUUAUUUAGAAGGCUUUUAUACAGUUGCGUGCCAGGAUUAAUGAGCACAUUUGUAGAAGCUGAAGUAAGGUGUUUUAAAAGCACUUAGUUUAAAGCUUGUGUAGAUUUGGUUUGAGGGUUUGAGGAGCUUAAAAAUGAAUAAAAAGACACUGAGAGAUUUGUUAAUGUUCACAGCAGAUCACUUCUGAGUAUAAACCCUGAGUGACUUUUAGUGCAUGCAGUGACUUCCACUACAGAGUCGUAUCGGUUUUUAAUGCAGCCAUUCAGUGUUAGUUUUCAGGGUGUUUAUACUCAGUUUUUAUGUGGUCAGUUUGAAUCAUCGUUUUUGUGUUCUCUCAUGAGGUGCUGUUACAUCUCUAGACUAUUAUUUUACCACCACUGCAUCGCUGAAUGUUAAGUUCUCCUUUCAUGAGGCACAGUGAAAGACUUUCUACCACAGCACCAGCUUUUGUUUUUGUUUUUUUACCCAUGAUACUCCAGUUUUCUCUCUCGUGAGAAAGACCAGCUGAGGAUCUCCCCCAUGUAACGCUUGAUGCUCAGUCAUGACUGUAGCUGCUGUCAUGCAAAGGUCAUGCUUUAAAAAAGGUCAAAAUAAGGUCAGGAACAGCUCAGGAACCCCAAAGCAGCAUCAGUGUUAUCAUGAAGGAACAGUAUGAAAACCUUAGACCGCAUAAAUCCCAGACUGAACAGUGAAGCUGUGCCUCAGCUAACCUUAAUGCACCACCUCUGUUUGUCUGUAUUAUAUCCGGGAUGAUUCUAGGCUGAAUUCACUUUGCUGGGGGGGGGCUUCUCUGUGGGCGCGGAGCAGAGGGAGGUCAGAACAACAGCCGAGGACAGAGGUACGAAAUCCUCUCAGCAUCUUUAAGACUUUCCUGCGCUCACCUUCUGUUUCAUAAACGCCAGCGGUGGCUUCUUGAUUGCAGUUCACAGCCUUGGGCUGGAAGCUGUUUUGAGGUUAGAUCAUAAAAAAAGGGACAGGUGUUGUAAAGCUGACAUGACCAACUGCAGGGCAGAAGGAGGAGGGCCGACAAUAUGCUUCCUGCCACAAGGUGAAAGAUUUCAUUCUGUAGGUUCAACAAAGAACCAAGGUGAACAGGAAAUGAGAAAACCUGUUCAAACCUGUUUAACUCUGAAAGAUCACAAACUGAGCAAUACAUUAAAUCUGUUCAAGAAACUGUGUAACACUAACAGUUUUAACAUGUCCUUAUUAAUAACAGGUGAGAUUGUGUUGGACACUAGAUUGAAAUCUGGGUUUCGAUGGUCCAUUAGACAAAAAACGUGGAUGGCUAUCAUUGGAAUCCUUGAUUUCUACAGCAAAGUCCGAAAAACGCCCAAAAUUUAAUUUAAGGUUAUUGAAUUAUUCAUGUCAGAGAGUACUUGCAACUUAAUAGACAGCUUUCAAAGGUUUAGAUAAAGAUAAAUGCUGAGAACCGCACCAAAUUCCAUUCUGAAAUGUUCCAUUUUAAUUUCCCCAAAUUUCCACAUAUGAUUAAAAUCUUCUAAAUAAUUUGAAGAUAUUUUAAGAGGUUUGCCAAUACCCUAGACAGGAGACAGUCAGAGGUACUGGCACAUUGAGCUCCUUCACCUCUUUCUGUCCGUGUCAGUAACUUUGAAUUUUCAUGUCCCAUUAGAGUCACUGAUAGAGACUCUUUUCUGGGAGUCCCUGAGCUCUAUCAUCCUGUAGGCUUCUCUGGAUCACUGCUGCAGUGGGCCUGUCUUUUUUCUACUUCCUUCAAUCUCACCUGUGUCCAUCUCUCUGCUGUGCCAGUCAAACUGAAAGUUAAAUUUUGCUGUCAAUGACUCACUGCCGAGUUUACGGCUUUGUUGUCCUGCAUCAUAAAAGUCAUUAAGCGGAAGUACAGACUGAAUGGCUAAAGUCCACCCUGAACAUGAAUCAUGAAGCUUUUCCUAAGGUAAGCCGAGCAGGAAUGACUCUUAAAUCAUGAUUUUGUACAGUCUGAAAGUUAAUCUCACUUUCGUAAUAACCUUCUGGAUAUUAUACUGUCAAUCUAGAGCAGAGAUAGAGCUGGGAUCAUUCAGGCUGUUUUACUUUCUUCUGUUGUAAAGUUAAGAUCAGCGAACCAUGAGGAAGACACACAGAGCAGAAAGAUAUCACUGAAAUGUAAGAGACAACAACAAAUUUCACAUAUAAUGUUUUGAUUUAACUGUUCAAGUUUUUUUAUUGUGCUUUUUGUGAUUUAACGACUGAAAGUGACUCAAUUUGAGGAAAUUACCUUACACGAUGAGUCCUUUAGUGAAAUCAUAGCUCGCUCUGCUAUACUCUUGGAACUGAAUGUCUUUAAAUUAUAUGUUUACUUUGGUUUUCAGGAGAGAAUGGCUCUGUUCGGCUGCUUUGGUAUUCUCAUAUUUACCCUCAGCAGCCUCCCUGUAACUUCAGGUAAACUAAAAUCUGUAUGUGAUUUGUGUAGUUUAGAUUUUAUCUCUGCACCACUGACUCCUGCAGAUGUCUUUUUUUGUGUGUGUUGUACCGCCUCCUCUUAUUAUCCCCUAUCGUUACAGGACAGUCAAAUCUCACUUGUUCACCUCAACCAAUCACAGUCUGCGCUGGUGAUGACGUCAUUCUGCCGUGUCGCCUUGAACCUCCCAUGGUUGUUAGUUCCAAGGCGAUAGAAUGGACUAAACCUGGUUUGGACCCAGAGUUUGUCCACCUUCAUCAUGAUGGGCGCCUGGCGUACCACAGUCAAAAUCCUCUGUUCAACUAUCGCACGCUUCUGUUCGUGGAUCAGCUGGUCAAUGGAAACGUUUCCCUGAAACUCUCAAGAGUGAAAAACUCUGAUACAGGAAAAUAUAGGUGCUUCAUCCCCUCGAUAUGGAAAGAGGCUUUUGUCCAGCUCAGAGUGGGCGGGGCAGCAGCAGGUUGUAAAGGUUGGUAAUGAUCCUCUAUUUCUCAAGUUUUUCCUAAUAGACACGAGCACUUAUUCAUUUAAGUCAUGAUGACUUGAUCAUUACUUUAGGAAUGAGGGGCUGUGUCAAUUGAUGCCAAUUUUAGUGCUGGAAGGCCAAAUCGCCCUCGUCAUCAGCUGUUUUUUGUUUCGGAACUUUUGGGACACAACUGCACUCAUCAUUGUCGCUCUUCGCCCAAUCAGAAUCACAUAGGGGCGGGACUUCUGAGAACAUGGUUAUGAACAACGAUGGUGGUUGUCCAUUCGUCUAGUUUUCAUAUUUAUUUUUGUUGUCUUUCUCUUUUUUUCAGAUGACACUCUUGAGGUCUCUCCCUGCUGCAUUACCGCUCAAGUCCUCAGUGUGUUCAUUGGUGUGACUUAUAUUGGUUUAAUUGUUUGGAAAGUCUGGAGAUGGAGAAGGAACAAAAUCAGUAAGUCUAAAAUUUAUUUUACAUUUCCAUGAUUGUUAUUCUGUCUCAUUGGCCUCUGUUUAUGAACAUAUUUAGCAAGUUUUUUGGAAAGACUAUUGCAAAAAAGAUCAAAUAUUUGAUGGUUUCAAUGAAAAGUUAUUUUUGCUUGAGUUGGUGGAACUGUUUUGGCUAAAAGUGAGCAGAGUUUAUCCAGAAUCCUCAUAGACCUAUUUGGGUACAAGUUCUGUCCUUCAGAGCUGAGUCGUCGAUCGAGAAUGUAGAGCCAAGUUCCUUAUUCUUCAACGACCAUAUUCCACCUAAAUUUAACAAAAGUAUUCAAAAAUCCCCACUAAAAGGUCUUUAUAUUCAACAGAAGGUAGAGUUUUAUAUUUUCAUUUGUAUCUUUUGAAAUGCAACAAAAUAUUCUGAUAUGUUAAGUCUAUUUGAAAAUAUAUUUAAUCAUCAACAUUAAUAACUAACCACACAUUUUAACCUUUUUUAUCCCUCCCACAGAGAAAAUGAAAGAAAGGAAAAAUCUGGAGAAAGGGCAGCUCAUAAAGAUGUACAAGAGAGUGAAGAGUUUGGAGAACGAAAAUGCAGAGCUCAAGGCUCAGAAGAAAGAGGAAACAGAAGCAGGGGAAGGAGAAUUUAAAGGAGUGUAAGAGAAGGAGGGGGGCUUGCAUCAUGAGAUGAUCCACACUAAACAAACUCAGAAACUCUGCUGUCAAACUCUGAACCAUCAUUAUAAGAGACUCCCAGCUAACCCUGAAAAUGUCCCCUGGCUGUGGUCUGCGUAUAAGCAGGCUUCAGGUUUCCAUCCAUUUUUUUUAUUAUAAAGUGUUUCGAUAAAUAAAUAAAUGAAGAGAUCAACUUUCCUCUUCUUCUUCUUCAUCUCACCUCUCCUCUCUCUCUUGGAUGGUUUAAAUACCAAACACACCUGGAAGCACCCCUCCCUGAUGGACUCUGACUCCAAGAGUGUAUUUAACACUAAGGUAGUAAAACGAUUAAUUCAUAUACUAUCGCACUAGCAGUCAAUCAUUCACAGGACAGAACUUCAGUUUAAUCAUUUUAUAGCUGCUUAAAUAAAAAAUCUGGAUAAUUUACAGGAAUAUAACUCACCUGUGAUUGUCUCUCUCCCAGCUGUGGGCCACAUCUCUUGCGUUCAGGGGUUGGGAUGCUAAUGAACACAUGGCUGUGCAGAGGCACUCUGGGACCACUAGGAUCCCAGAUGUGGAUGAUGGUGCUAAUCUAUUUGAGCUUGUCUUCUUCAUGAUGUCAAAAUCGGGUAUUUCAAAGGAACAAUGUUAGACUUUGAAGAAAAUACACAAUGUAGAGAGUUGAUUUUAUCAAAAAAGUGUGUGGGCAUCUCUCGAUGUUCUAUCUGCACCUGAAGGGCUGUCAGUUCGUUUGAGGUGUGUUCAGUGACACUACAUUUAAAUUAGCAGGUUAAAUAAUGGUAUGAAACAGCCAUUUUUUCUAACAUAAUGGUUUUUUCUUUAUGUGACAUGGCGCUCCGAUCCUCCUCCAAAUUUUACUCCUGUAUUAAAUCUUGAAUCUAAAUCAGCAACCCACAGAAGACCACAGAGACCAACUAAACCUUGAUGAAGAGCUGAGAAUAAACUUUUGAUUUUCCUUCUUAAAUGAUAACUCCAGAACAGCCCUAUUUUUAUUUGAAACAAAGACAUCAAUCAAUUAGCGCUGCUACAAUAACUGAUUUCUUAACUGCAAAAAAAUGUCGUAUUUUCAAGAAGACGUGUUAGAAACAUUUUUCUGCUUUUAGCUUCAUAGAUGAGAUAAUAUAGGAUGAUACGACGGAGUAUUAGGGCUACAUCAAGCAAAAAAAUUAAAACUUUGAGAUUAAAGUCGUUAAUUUAGAAGAAUAAAGUCAUUAUUUACAAAUUUGUUCUCACAAGUAAUGACUUUAAUCCCGUAAAUUAACGACUUUAAUCUCAGUUUUUUUUUGUUUUUUUUUUAUGUAGUGUGGCCCUAAUACUCAGUCGCAGGAUGAAGUGUAUUAUAAAGAAUUAAAAUGCUAAUUUCGAAACAAUGCAAUUUUAAUAAAAAGAAUUUGAUCAUUUGCUUUUAAAUCAAUAAAAGUAGAAAGGAGGAGCAACAUAUAAACUUUGCUCAUAAUUAUUCAAUAAUUUCUACUGAUAUUAAAAAUCAUGUUUUAUCUGCGUCAUAAGUCCAUGAUGGUGGACCGCUGACUGCAGAUCAAAUUUCCCUUGGGGGACAAUGAAGCUCUGGACAUAUUAAAUGAAAACUCACCUUCCUCUUCUGCAUAUGAUUCCCACAUUACUACGAUGUAUGUGCACAGCAGGUGUAGACGCUGUAAUUACACUUUGUUAUCCUGCGGGUUUAACAGCUUCCCAGUGUUACUAAGAAUGUCUCACAUAAUCAAAGGUUUUCCAGGUAUGGACUGUGCAUGUUUACAGUCUAUGGUCAUGUAACACAUUACCUGCACAGUGGCAGUUGGCUCAUUUAAGAAAAAAGUAUCACUAAACGUGAAGAUAAAGCUCUGCUGAAACCCUGAACUAAAAAUCAAUCCUCUUUUCGUCAUUUAUUUUCCUUCUUCUUGUUCUUUUGUAAAGUCAAAGUGAGCAACAAACGCCCUCAAAUGUUUGUCAAUAAAAGCCCACAAGCAGAGACAUAUGCAGUGAUCAAUAUUUCCUUUAACAACAGUAAUAACACCAAGCAAAUGUUCAGUUAGCUCCCUGGGGAUUAAAUCGUACCUUUCUAAAUAAAUAGCUGCCUGACGACUGAAAGAAUAAUAAACUACACAAACCUUUUGUAACACCACGUAGAAAAACUCUGAUUUCAAACUCCACAAUCUGCCAACAUGUUUAAAUAUUAAACCUUGUCUCCACAAUCCACAUUUGCAUUCAGCUCUUCACAGCGCUCGGAGCGAGUGGCUCUCAUCUCCGACACCUGUGUCCCCCCUGUCGAGUUAACUGAAAGUGUCUGGCAGUCCAGCUGAGUGACCUGAUUAUUACAAAGAUCAUCCUGUAGCUGCAAGUCCCAGGCUUGAUCCUCCGCCGAGUUCACACUUCACAGCCGAUGUUAAUCCUCCCUGAACUGUGCAAGAGCAAGAUAGUGAAACCUUCCCUGAUUCAGGGCAUGCUGAGCAACACUCAGAUCUGCUCUCUUGUAGCACAAACAGAUACACACACAUGCACAUGUCUGAGGGGUGUAUGUGGGGGACCGCUCUGUAAUUACACUGGCUGUAAUUCGGUGAUUGAGAGCUCUUUAACGAACACAAGUUGCACGAGGGUUUGCACUCUGGAAUAGAUAAUUGCAACUGUUCAGCAAAACUAUUCAAGGAUGGUAAAUGUUGCCCACAGCCAAAGUGCACGUCCCUGGAAAAUCAGAGUAUGCAAAGUGUGUUUGGAGGAAAUUAGAUGAAUCUCACACUCUGCAGAGGAACUUUUCUGACCUUUCUGUGCUUUUCAUGUGUGCACAGCAUGCUAAUUUAAGAUUAAAGCGCUCAUUAUUGUGUGAACUGACCGCUCCUCCUUUAGAGGCAUGCACACAGCCGUAAGUUACAGGAAGAGCCAUAAAUACACUCCGCACAGCAGCAGCACCACACGCUGUCCUCUGCAUCAUUUCUAAAAAGAAAAACACCCUGUCUUUAUUUGUCUUCGGAGGGGGAUCUUCUGUAACAUCACAUCCGUCACCUUCCAGGCAGGAGAAUCGAUACCUGAUGAGCAUUAAUUAUCCCUCCUGGUUUGUUCUCCUGGUGCUCUAACAUGCCUUCCAUGAAAACUACAUUUGUUUCCACCUCCGUUGCCAUCCAAGACUGCCGAAGGUCGAGCUGUGAAUUUACUGCAGCCGUUUGUCUUGCUUGCUUGGCACCGGCAGCUCUGUCAGUGUUAAUGUGGUAAGUGUGGAGGUGCAUCCAGCAGCCCUCCUAGUUUAUUAGCAUUCCACGGUGCAAAGCAAAAAAGAGAAAACAUGCUCAUGCUCAUCUGGGUGAAUGCAACAUUCAUUCAGGGUCUGGCAGAGCGGUGAGGGUAAUGUGCAGUAAGGGGGAGGAGGCUGCAGGAGGAGGAGGAGGAGGAAUGGGGGGGAAAUUGAGUUGGGUGACUGCCCAAAGGCACAGAACUUCAACAAGAGUGGAUCAUCCUUCAGUUUUUAAAGCCAUUUGAUCAUGUUAGAGGCAAACUGAUACAAAUGUCAACUGGAUGUUAUGUUCUUUUGGCACUAAAAUAUGAUAUUAACAUUUAGCGAGGACACUUCUCUCAAAGGCGACUCAUAAUGUGACAUUUUCGAACACUUUCAAGGCCAUACAGACUCGGUAAGUUCCCGUUAUACCGCUUUACUAUGCUCACCUGUAGAACCUUCUGAGAACACAUCAGAGGUGGUUCAAACCUGUGAAAUGAAAUAUUGAAACCUUAGUGCCCCAGCACACAAGAUUUGUUAGGCUGCCCAGGUACGUGUUUUCUCAGGGUUGGAGUUUGUCUAUGUGGGAUGCAGAGAGUCGGAGGAAGACAUGUUGUAAAGGGUUGUCUUCAGGGUUCGAAAUUUACUUUUUUGAUCUCUUAAGUUACCAGCCAAUCAGAAUCUCCACCAGCCACUUUGUUUUGUUCUUUUUUGCGUAUUUGCAGCAAUACUGACAAAACAUGUUACUCUCGUGAUCAAACAAGCCGUUCAUGAUCCAUCAGCCAUCUGACGUUAGACUUUCUUCUUUUCGUUUCGCAAGCUCAGUCGCAAAUAUCCUCAUCUCCUCCGUCCUUCCCUUCUCAUCCAUUCUCGUCUGUCCAAGUUCAACCACCACACUUGGUUUAGUUUUACUAAACUUAAGCUCCGCUGCUUUUAGGAAACUCCCUACUCUCACUCUGUUUGUUUCUUGCCCUGGUUGCACUGUAGACUGUAGCGGGAAAUACCAGCAUUUGCGCAGCCAAUGGGCGUAUGAAACAUCUUUACGUAGCAUUUUUAGCACAGUUUCUAUGGAAAAUAGGGUGACCAUACAUCCUCUUUUACCUGGACAUGUCCUCUUUUCUGGGGGCUGUCUGGCUUUGUUCAAGGGAGUUUAUAAAAUCCUUCAAAUGUCCGGGGUUUUGUAUGGAAGUUUAGAGUUUGUGUCACGUGGACCUACUGAGUGAGAAGUGCGUAAAAAAUACUCAAUCCGACCCAAAAAACUCUCAAAAUUAACUACGCGCGACUCCAUGACUCCACCCCUGCGUAAUCGUGGCCUCUUUUUAGGGAUUCAGAAUAUGGUCACCCUAGUAGGAAUGACUGCCAGGGGGAGCAGAACCUAAGUAGAGCAUAUCUGUCCCACACCAUUGCCUCAUGCAUCACCGGCCAAACCGGUUAGUACGUUUUUAUUUAAAAUGAAUUUUGACCCGCAUUUGGCGGGUUGGGGGAUGUUAAUUUAGAACCCCAGUUGUGUUUGAUUGUUGGUAACAACUGUAUCCCUUGUAAAGGUAGAUACCUGGGUGGCCCAAUAAACAAGAUUAGUUUGGCCAUCCAGGCAGUUUCUUUUAUAUUCAAGCAGGGGGUUAUCUUUAUUGGAUAGGACAGCCUAAGAUAGACAGGAAAUUAAGGGUGUAGAGAGUUGGGGGAAGACAUGCAGCAAACAAGAUUUGUUAGGCCGCUGAGGUACUUUUUUGUCAAGGGAGGACUUUGUCUUUGUUGGAUUGGACAGCCUAAGAAAACGUGAAAAUUAAGGGUGUAGAGAGUGAGGCUACAAAUGCAGUGAAGGGUUAUGCCCUGCAAGAAGACUGUUGUCCCCGUAAAGGAUGAUACGUGGGUGGUGGUGGCCAAACAUGCAAGAUUCGUUUGGCUGCUCAGCUCCUUUUCCUUUAAGGGUAAGUGUAGUUUUGCUGCAAAAAAGGACGUUUUAACAUGCAACCUAAAGGGAUUUUUAGACCUGCAGUCUGUAUUUGCUUCACUUUAAAAAUUGAAAGUUGCAGCUUUGACGUUAUCUGCAACAUCAGUCAGUUGAAAAAAGAAGUCUAUUUCCUGAAGUGCCACUCUGUGGUGUUACUGCUGUUAUCAUUCUCUAUAUUUUCAAUUUCGUACUGUCCAGCUGCAUCUCCGUUUAGGUCUUUUAUUGCUGUAAUAUGAUGUGAGCUUGUUAAUAAGAUGCAUAAAUCAUAAACAGAGGCUUUGUCUAUGGCUCUGUUGCUAUCGUUACUCAUUUUAGCCACAAGCUAAUGCAUUGCAGUACAUUAAUUUAGAGCAGUGCACAAACCAUCUCAGAUAAAGUUACUGAUGACCUGCAGCCAAUCAAAUUCCAGUAUUUACCCAAACCUUGGUGUAAGCAAAUGUAGCUGGACAGCGAUGCCAGCUUUGUAAACAAAUGAUGUGUGUUUUGGACAGGGUAAAAUCUGCCCUGCUGAUAUUUGCAUAUGUUUGAUUUAACAGAUUGAAUAAUCUGCACAGCAAGAAAAGGCAUUUGGAUUAUUCUAAAGUCAUUUUUUUUUCUGCAGCCAUCUGGUUUUACUGUGUGACUGCAGAGAAUCAUCUGUUCAUGCACAUGGCAAUGCAGACAGCUUCCAGGAAAGGAUCACUUCAAACACAAGAGCACUGUUUUGCUUAUUUUACAAUGUACUUAUGUAAAGUAACCAUGUAACUCAUACUUAAAUGCACACACAUAAACUUCAACUGCUCAAGAGAGAUGAAAUGAGGGAGUUUAUUAUGCAGGUCCUCAGCGUUUUAGUGAGUGUGAAUCCAAGUUGUACUUUCCACUUAGGGCUCUCUCAUCCCUCUUCUUCGGUGCAGACGUUUUAACUCAAGAUUAUUUGGCCUUGACGCCUCCAUACAAUGAACCUGUCUAACCCAAAGAGUUUUAAGAUACGCAGACACAUGCCAAAUUUAGGAAAGAUUAAGACGAAGAAGAUGCCAGUUAAAUUUCAAUGCUGCCUUUUGUGAGUUAGGAGUCGUGUCUUUGUGUAAGAGCUCAAUACUUCUUUAAAGGGCACUUAAAGGUUUUUUUUUCCGGCUUUGAGCCAAAUCUGAGAAAUCUUCAGCCACUUUGUUCAGCAGCAAGGCUUCGAGAGAAUUAAAGGUUUUCUCAUUAAAAUCAGAGGUGCGGCAGAUUAUUGCUUGUUUUUCAAAUAGCUAAUUCAUCGCGUAGGAGAUGGCGCCAGUCACUCAGAAUUGGGUCUGAUACUAACUCAGAAUUAUCAAUUCUACUGCAGGCUGUGCUUAGCUACAAUACAUAGAGCCCUGAUGCUUGGAAAGGCUACACAUCUGCAUGAAAACAACACAUUGUUGAACACAUGGAAAGCCUUCAUGCAGGAAAAUAGUUUAAAUCGAUUGUGGCUUUUGUACCUGUGUGACUUCUACAUAAUAUUUUGCGUUGUUGGCUUGUUAGCUGAUGGUUUACUGUAAAGUCGCACCGGUAGGUGAGGCACUUUUUUUUAUUGGGGGGGGGUGUCUGAAGGGAAAGAGGUCCCUCAUUGUGUUGAGCAAACUCCACCAUGUUCAGUUUCUAUGCAGAUGUGUAGCCAACAAUCACAACAUAGAGAAUGAACGAUAUCUGAGUUGUAACCCUAAAAUAUAACAAACAGAGCUGUAAUAGUGUUUUAAAGCAGUCUUGUAUGAAUUGUAUAAGUAAUGCCAAGGCCAGAGUUAACAUUAUGACUACAAUUAUAAGCCGAUAACAUAGAUGUAGAGAUUCAAGAUCCUUUAGCUCCAAUGUUGAAUGCUUUAUCCUGCGAAGUGUGCCAUGAUCAUGUCGUAGACCUCUCAUGACUACUUUAACAGAAACUUCUGCAUGCUUAAGUUUUCUUCCUGCUUUUUCUUUUUAAAAAAGUGCAAAAGUCCCAAAUAUAGAUGUAAAGCAAAGCAAAAAAAAAGUUUAGAAAAAUAAAGUUAGUGCUGCAAGAUAAAAUUAUGAGUUGUUGGAAAAGUUUGUGGUGCUCUGACAACAACAACAGCCAUCCUGCCUCCAAGGGCUGUCUCUUUGUCAAGAAUUCAAGCUGGAACCAAAAUUCGACAUGAGGUGAUAACAAAACUGUAGUACCAGCCAGAAAGACCUGAAACGAAACUGCUUUUCAGAAACUUUCAUUAGACUUUUGAUAACUUUAACUUGAACUCUGACAUAUUUGAAUGAAACCAAACAGCUUGUUGCUGUAAUUCUGAACGCCAUAUUACCAGAAAUACAAAUCUAUCUUCUUCAUCUUCUGCCUUACAGGUGAGCCCACAGGUUUAUAUUCUUUUAUUGUGUUGUAGUGUAGGACCCAAAAUACCCCCCACCUCACCUGACAGGUGCACCUCAGGUGUUUUGACUUAAAUUGAAAGCAUCAUCACUGCAUCCCUUUACUGAGGUCAAGAGUGCCGUGCAAUGGUCAGGUAAUGAUGACAGAACCAUCUGAUCCAUCAAAGGUCCUGAUGCGCUGAUAAACUAUAGAUUCUGAAUUCAGCUGAUCAGAAUUUAAACUUCCCUCGAAUAAGAAACUUUGGAUAUGCAGUGACAGCCUUACUGUGUUUACAGUGCAAGAAACACUGGAGGGAAACAGCAGCUACACCGAAGCAACCUGGUCAGCAGAAACUAUUAGCAUCCCUGGGCGUCCUCUUGCUAUGUCUUAUCUGUAGGUCAAGUCAGGACAUGAAGUCACGGCUCUCUGAUCACCUAAUCUGUCAUCGUGAGAACAAACCUGGACUGAAUGUCUAUGUUUGAAUUAGCGGAGAAGUCACUGCUGAGGAAGAGAUUAUGCAAAGCAAGUUAACCAAGCGCAGAAAGAUCCCGUUGCAGAAACAUCAAAUAUUUUUUUAUCUCAGUGUUAUGAUCUGCUUGUUUGCUCUACAUCAUAUCAUACCACCUGACCUGACCGUCAUCAUUCUCAUCUCUGUCUCCUUUUGCAGCCGACCCCUGUGGUGAAAAAUCAACCUUCGAGUAAAACCUCUUUCCUGGGAGAUUUCUGCAGCUUUUGACAUUUUUAAGAAAACACUCAAAUGUGUGUGUUUCUGAAAACUGACUCAGCUGUGAGUGAGGGGGAAAAGAUUGCAGGAGAUUUGUCAUUUUACGGGCCUGAUGAUUUCCUGGCUGUUGUUUGGAUUCACAUCACUGGACCCAAGUAUGCGUUCAGUCCUGUUGCGUGAAGAACAAAUGACAGUGCUAAUAAAGAUCUGCCUCGAAGCCCGAGCACAGACAGUGGGCGAGCGCCUGAGGAGGAUAUUAAACAGGUUACCUUAUUUAGGAAUCAUUUAUCCAUCUGCAGUGUCACCCCCUCGGCUGUUUAUUCUGUCCUGUGGCAACAGUAUUAUGGUACACUCAGGGGUGAUCGAAACGGUCUUAACUAGGGAUGGGGAUCAUUAAUUUUUAUUGAUAUUGAUACCAUUAUUGAGCCUCCCAACAAUCUGAUUCCUUAUCAAAUCUGCUCUCCACACUUGCUUUAAUUUGGUGGAAAGAGGAGAUGAUAGGAUAAACGUUUUGUACAGAGCUGGUAGCUUAAGGGACAUGAUCAGGAAUAGGACCCCUUUAUUAAAGAGAGGUAAUAAUUUUCACACAACAAAUCAUGUUUGGGAGUACGGCUCAGCUCUGAGAGGAAUAGCAAAGCUAGCAGCAGGGAGAGCAGCAGCAAAGACACCCAAGGUCCAGGACUUCAGAGACUGUUCUCAAACACUAAAACGUGUUUUAUCUACUGUAACCUGAUUUUAAAAUGAUUUUAAAACACAAGUUGUUCUUCCAAAAACUUUACUUGACAUCAGUUCCUGUACAGCUCAAUUCUGUAAGAUUUUGGACGCUGUGGAAACGAUAAUAUAGCAGAGUUCGCUAACAGAACGAUGACGUAACUUUUGUGGCGUGAUGCACCAGAUAAAUUGGGUGAUGACUGACGAGUCAGGACUGCACCCAGACUCUUCUUCUGCAGAGCCCUGCUGUAGUAACACACAUUAAAGGCAGCUUAACAUCUUCUUGCACACAAAGGCAUUGUCAGCCACCUUCCCAGAUGUGUAAGGUACUCGUGCCAUGUGCGCUCAUGAAUUUUCAUACCAUCAGAGGUGCUGUGGCUAAUAAAAGCCAGGUGUUCGCUCUCCUCCUGAUAAAGGAGGAUGAACAUCUAAAAGAACAUCAGAUUUUGACUAAAUCUAAUUUAAAACCUAGAAUUAAGUAUGCAUGAGGUUUCCUUUAUACAGAUUUUUGUGAACUGCAUUUGGUGUCACCCAAACUAACCUCUAUUCAGAACUGGUUUUCAGCUUUGUACCUUCGUAAUGCUUUUUGAACCAUAGAUGACAACAUCCUCAAAUUCUUUCCAAUUUUGCACUCGGGAACAUUAUUUCCUCACAGAGUCUCUCUGAGAGUGACAAACCUCCUUGCGUCUUUACUUCAGAGAGACUCAGCCUCUCUGAUGUGCCUUUUCAUACCCAGACUUGCGAUAAAAUAACUUCAUAAAUUCAGAGAUUUUAAGCAUUUCACUACUUUCCCAGUGUUUUCAAUCCUUGUGCCAACUUUUCUGAAACUUGUUGCUGGCAUUAAAUUCAUAAUGAGCAUAUAUUUUUCAUAAAACAGUAAAGCGUCUCAGUUUGAAUAUUUCAUAUAUUGUCUUUGCGCCGUUUGAAUUCAAUCUAUGUAUUUUGUUUUAUCGAUAUUUGACAUAGCGUCCCAACUCUUAUGGAACUGAGAUUUGUGCUUCAGUGGUUUGAUUUAAAUGAUAUGAAUCUUAGGACCCUUGAGACUUGAUAGCAGUGUUGGUAAUCUUAAUUUUCCAGUUUUGAAAAAUGUCGUUCGUUCCUCCGCCCCUCUUCAUUACUCUGCAGAAAAUCAUUUAAAGUAAGCAGUUUGGAAUAUAACCAUCUCACUCUAACGUAAUGAAUUUGCAAAGGCACCACUUCAGGAUUUAAGUAGUCUCUAAUUGUAGAUUGAGCCAGAGCGAGAAAUAUCAGUCGUUUUUUUCCCUCUCUAACCCAGGUUAAUUAAAGGACAUGUGCUGAAUUUUAAUUAAAAAGUGGAAAAUACUCAACUUUUCCCUACUACUCCGUUAAAGAGCCCUCGGGAGUCAGUCAAUGAGCAGGAAACCUUCAUCUUGUACACAAUACUUUAUCAAAGAAUCACAUAUAAAAACACACGUCUCUCAGGAGAAAGCUUUAACUCUUAUGUUCAUCCUCAUUACUCUCUCUCUUUCUCUGAUUCGGUCGUGUUAAAGCCUUCGACUACAGAGAACAUUCGAGCAACAGAAAUACACACCACAGCACACAGACCCUUAAAGUUAAGAUAGAAUGCAACACACACAUUCAAAAAAUAGAUCUUCUCUAGACUCACAGGAGUUUGCGUUUUUCCUUUUGUACGAUUUAGAAAAAAAUACACAGUUAACUGAACGUUUCUUUAAAGUCACAACCGAUGCUGCGUUUUGUUUUGCACCAUGACUGCUUUGGAUCUUACAGAGCGUCUGCAGCGUCCUGCGUGUUCACACGAGCAUUCACAUGCCCUAAGAGGUGCGGGACUUCGUGCCCCGAUGGCGUCCAAAGGGUCACAUCGAUGCAGACGUCAUGAGGAUUCACCUCGUCGCUCUGUCAUGUGUGUUCACACGUCGUCAUCUCGGGGAGGGGUGUCUGGUCCUGCAUGACCACUUGAGGGGGGGUGGGGGCAGGGCGAGCGUGGGCCACAGAGUUUUUCUGCAGCUCCACCCCGAAGGCAGGAGAAGCAUUCUGCAACUGUCUCCUGUACUGCACGAAGCUGCAGGUCUUUAAGAUGAUGGCCAGCACGUUCUUCCCUAUUAGGAUCCCGGACACCCGGUUGUCCCUGUACAGGAUCAUGUUCCCCCCACGGAUGAAGAGCGUGAUGAUGUUGAUGGUGACGAGGCUGAGGAUGGGGUACAGGAGCAUCUUGUGGGGUACAAUGUUGAUGCCCUGCAUGCUGAUCUCGCUCAGGGACACGCAGGGCAGCACCAGGAGGAGGAUGUAGCAGUAGAAGAACAUGAGGCCCUCCGCCCAUAGAGGGAGACCCUUCUUCUGAGGCUCCCACAGGUUGGCCUGGAUGUCCAAGAUGUCCAGCAGGUCCACCACCACCCAGAAGAGACGGUUACGGAUUUCCUCGCGCUUCUUGAAGGCUCGGACGUACUCCAUGUGGUCGAUCGCGACCAGCACCACAAACAGCACCGGGAUACAAAUGGACAACAGCAACGUCAAUGCCUUCCUGGCGAGCGCAUCCAAACUCUUCCUGUCCGCUUUGUAGUUCUGGUACACAAAGUAGACCUUGAUCUCCAGCACAAAGAUGUAGAGGAACCAGAGGAUCAUGGCGUAGCCUCGCUUGGCUGUUCGCACCUCAGCGCCCACCCACACCGCCACAUACCGCAGGACGAUGAGGAAGCAGAUGUCCCCCACCAUCACCAUAAUGCAGAUGCCGAUCUUGCGCGGGCCAUGGUUCUGCUCCACCAGGUAGGCAUCGAUCAGCGCCAUGCUGCUCAUGAUCAGGAUGGUGGAGAGGCACACGUGGGGCUUGUUGGUGGGAGGUGGUGGUACCAUACUUGCCUGGGUGAGAAGAGGAGGAGGUGGAGGAGGAGGAGGAGGAGUGUUGUUGAAGAGGGAGUGCAGAGGGGGUGCAGAGGGGGCUCAGUUUGUCCAGUGAGGAGGCAGAUCAGAUGUGCUGUUAGACAGCGGUGCUCCCCUCCAUCACUUCUCCUUUGGCCAGAAUCCAGGAUGCAUUAAUAGGAUUCUCACGGUUCACUUCAAUCAAUCUCCGCUCGUGCCCCAGCCACCUGCCGGGCAGACAGCACCCCUCAUUUAGUAAAUUAUGUUCAUUGGCUAAUUGUCUGUAAACACACGGUUUCCCAGUUUUUGAAUCAGUAAAUCUCGGGGUGUGUGUCGACCAUUUGCACCCUGGUAAUCAAUAAUUUAUCAGAGCACAAUAGCUUAACUGACAAGUUCUUUAUUCUGAUUUUCACAGAGAAAAAAAGCUGCUGCGGUGUGCUCUCAUUACAGAUUCCCUUCCGACAGCAUUGUUUUCUUUCCAGUUUAAUCCGUCAGAGAUAAAAAAAAAUCCAGAUGAAUACUCACUUGUGUCCCUCUUUGUACUUUAUCCUAAUGACUGGCAGCGAGCGAUCAUCCAUGAGACUGCACUGAGAGAUCACAAAGCCCAUCUGUAAUCCACAGGAGGGGAGCGCAGGAAACACACGGGAUCCUCUCCCUCUCUGACAAGCAUAAAUCCACCAGUCCCGGAUCUAUUUCGCUCUCUUUUCUAGACGUAAAAGAGAAAUCCCAAAAUGUAGCUGUCAUAAUCCACUUACUGCUCGGACUGAAUCAGGAGCCUCUUAACGGUGACAAAGCUCGCUCUCCGUCUCUGUGAUUUUGUGCUUUGCUUGGAUAAACCUCAAACUCCCAAAUAAAAAAAGUUAUUUCUAGUGUAGAAAUCCCCUGAUAGGUCCUGCUAAAAACAGAAUUUCAUAUCCAGAAGUUUUCCUCUCUUUUAUCCUCCAUCCAUGGACCAGAAAACGCAGAUUUAGUCUCUUUUCCUGUGGAAGUUUGUGCAGUUCAGAAAAAGAGAAAGGGGUUGUAAUGGAUCGUUUAAAUGCAGCGUGUGUCUAAAUGUCCUUCCCCACUUAGCGGUGUGCAUGUGUGUCAGUGUGCACGUAUGUUUGUGUGCAUGUGCUGUUGUGUGUUGCAGGUUUCAGCUGCCUCCACGCUUGGUUGUCGCGGUAAAAUGCUGCCCCCCUGGCGUGAUCCUGGCUGCUGCACUGUUUUUUCUGUCUCCCACUCCAGCAGCUCUUGCCAGAGACACCAGGAUCAGCCGUGCCAGUGGAUUCCCCUGUCUCUACUCAGCACGCUCUGCCAGCACCACCAGCGCUGUGAUACUCCAACACCGCCUGCCUCUGCCCGUCUGUCUCCUGUGCUCUCCUCAAACCCCGCUCCGCAAAGUGGAGAGAUGCUGCUGCUGCUGCUGUUGUUCUGCGGUGCGUUCACACACACACACACAUACACACUCACACCCCUGGGAUUUCACUUCUGUCUCGCGGCCCCCCUACCUCUUCUUUCUCCCUCUUCUGCUCAAGUAAAGGCACUUGCUGUGUGGAGGUGACGCUCAGCAGACCACAGCUGCAGAGCCAGGCAGAGAGAAAAGAGGUAGAGAGAGAGACAGAACACUUUUCCAGGGGGUGGAGAGAGGCGGGGAGCAAGGGAGGAGGGAAGAGGAGCCAGCCUUUUGCAGCUUAGCUGAAUGCACAAGUUCUCUCUCUCCCCCCUCUCCCUCUCUCUCUCUCUCUCUCUCUCUCUCACCCUGUUUUUAUUUCCUUUAUACCCCUCUCGUCUUGCACUGAUAUCCUAUUUUCUCGGGCAGUAUCCUGAAAAAAAAAAGCUCCACUCCUCUUCUUCUUUGAGGAGCCCAUCACAGCGCUCUGCUUUUUUUCUUUUUGACUCCUCCUUAAUCAGGUUUGAGGUGCGGUGAUGAAAAGUGAUCUGGAGGGGAGGAAAAGGAGGAGAGGAGACUCUCCAGUAUGACAUGUAGUAAGCCAGUAACCCGGCUGGCUGUGUGUCUGCAGUCUGGGGAGACAUAGUGAGUUGGUGGUGGGGGGGAUGCUGUGCUCCUCCUGACAGAGAGCCUUUCUAUUGAUCUCCUGACAGAGCAGUGAAUCAGGAGCCUGAGAUGGGGCCGGGAGACCAAAAGAGAUGAAGGGUAAGGGGGAGAUGGGGAAAGGAGGACAAAAAUGAGAUGAGCAGCUGAGAGACAUGAUGAGAAGUGAAAAAAGAGGGUAGGAGAUGUGUGCAGGGGGGUCGGACUAAAUGUCAAGGGGACAUUUUUAUCCCCUGAGAUGUAAUAAUGCUCCAGCUCAGAGAUAAUUCUUAUGCAAAAUGCAGGAAGGUAGAGAAAGGUUGGUGUUUGCUCUUCUGUGCAGUAUGCUAACACCAGCAGCUCUGUUUAUCCAGCUGGGCCAAUUAGCGAUAAUCCCCCCUCGGAGGAACCAAACUGCUUUCAUUACCACAGUUUUUAUGAAGCCAUUCAACGCUCACUUCAUGAAUUGUCCUUAUUGAGGAGUCAGAAGUGUCGGUUUUCAAACCGUGUUUGGCGGCACAUUUUCAGCACGCUCUGGGAUGACGACGACGACGUUUUAAUUGCAAUCAAUCAAGCUGAUUUCUGCAGCCUGAAUGGUACAGUUACUGAUUUACCAGCUGUGGAUCAGCUGACAGAAACCAUCACGACUGUUUACGACUCCUCUCAUGACUUCAUCACGGAGGCAGACGGAGAAUUCACGUCAUUCCUCUUUCAACGAGCGGCUUUCUUAUCGACUAUUUCCUCUGAAUUUAUGGAGCAUAAUGAAGCCGUGACAAGUGAAGUGAUGAAUAAUAUCCUCCUUUGCAAAUCAUGAAUUAGCGUGACUUCCACUUUUUUCAAACUUUCUGACAUUUCUCUCUGGUGGAAUUUAAUACCAGCUGAUGCUGAAAUGUGACUACAACAGAGACGGAAACUCCUGCCCUCAGUGUACAGAUCAUUUAACUCGACUCAGAUGAUCUUUUCAGUGUUCAAACGGCUUUUGUAUCACCUCAUUAAUUUGAUAAAACCAAAGAAAAAGACAUUUAAAACAUUUUUCACUCAGUUAUGUUUGUGUCGCUACAAAAAUCACAUGUGCCGACAAGUCCAAUAUUCUGGACUUGAAAAAAAAAGAAGUUCUGACAUUGUGAUGAUGAUAAGCAAAAAGUAAUAACUUCAGAGUUGUAGAGGGCAGAUAGGGACAGAAGUGUUUUUUAUGUUUAUUUGCCAGAGAAAAUGCAGAGGAGAUAAAGAUAAGAUAGAGAAGGUGCUUUAAAGUGAGGCAGAAAAGUGUUGGGUGGGGAAAGAGAAGGUGGGAUAGGAUAGAAAAUAAGGAAACAGAAGGAUGAAAUAUAAUAUAAGAGGAUAAUUUAGGAGGGGAAAGGAUAGGGCAGGGUAGGAUGGGAUAAGAUAGAAUGGGAUGGGAAAGGAUAGGAUAGGAAAGGUGAGGCUAAGAUUGGAUAGUACAGGAUGAGAUAGGAAAGAAUAGGAUACAAUGGGGUAGGACAGGAUAGCAUGGAAUAAGAUAGGAUGGGAUAGGAUCAGAUAGGAGGAGACAGGAUGGAAAGGAUGGGAUAAGAGGAUGGGACAGGAUGAGAGAGGAUGGGAUGGGAUAGGACAGGAUAGGAAGAGAUGGAUUAGGAUAGGAUGGAAUAAGAAAGGACGGGACAGCAUUGGAUAGUAGAAUAGGACAAGAUAGGAUCAGAGAGCAUGAAAUAAGAUAGGAUGGGAUAGGACAAGAUAGCUAAGGAUGGGAUAGCAUGGAAUAAGAUAGGAUGGGACGGGACAGGAUAGGAUAGAACAGUGAGAGAUGGGAGAGGAUAGGACAAGAUAGGACAGGGUAGGACAGGACAGAAAAGGAUAUGACAGGAUAGGAUAAGAUAAAGUAGGAAAGGACGGGACAGGAUAAGAUAUAAAAGGAUAGUAUAGGAAAAAUAGGAUGGGAUAGGAAAGGCUUGGAAGGGAUUGGUCGAGAUGACAGAGAACAUCCAUCCAUCCAUUUUCUACGGCUUAUCAUGUUGGGGGGGCUGGAGCCUAUCUCAGCAUCUUUGGGCGAAGGAAGAGGACACCCUGGACAAGUCAUCAGUUCAUCGCAGGACUGACACAUAGAGACGAACAACCAUCCACACUCACAUUCACACCUACAGGCAAUUUGAAAGUGACUAAUUAAGCUCACCAUGGGAGAGGACAGGAUGGGAAAUAAAAGAAUAGGAUGUGAUGAUAUAGGUUGCUUUUUAAUAAGCUAAACUACAUUCAUAUAAUCCAUCCUGUAUGGCCUGAGUGCUAGAAUAGGACACAACAACAUUAAGUCUGAUCUGAUAAACUCCUUCCCUCGUAGAAAUCCGUCCCCGACUCCUGUGCUGCAUUCAAUUAACAGCAUGAUUAUUUAUGAAGAAGUUAAUUAGUUACUAAUGAAUAAGCAGCAGUAAUAUAGACAAACAAAAUUAAAUCUGCAUGUAAACACAGACGCAAGUGAUGAUUAAAAACAAUCAAUAUACAAUCCACGUUACCAAUGAUCUGCAGAGAAUAACGUUUAUAAACGAGGGGUCAGAUAUUAAAGAUGAAGAUGUCAUUUUAAAAACAGGAUUAUUAAACAUUUCUCCUGGUGUGAAUUCCCUCGUUGGUUCAGAUUGAUAGACGCUGUCGCCGCUGUUUAGAAAACUGUGCUGCAUUAAAGGUCACAAGUCUGCUGUUUAUAAUUUAUGACUUCAUUUGAAAGCAUUUUGUGAUGUACUGCACAUCCGGGACCAUGUUACACUCUCCAUUAAAAGGAACAGUUUUGGAUCACAUGUGUCAAUAUCCUUAUUUAUAGACACUUUCCCCUUUUGUCUCCCUGCUCUCUCGGUGUUUAUAAUUCAUGAGCAGAGCGGAAAUCAAAUCCCCGUCUCGUAAGGUUAUUGUGUCUCUUAGAUGAAGCUGAUUUAUGCGCAGGUUUAUGGACAGAGUGUGUCAAAGAUUCAGACCUGAUUAAUGUAAUUAUACUGUCAUAACAACACAAAGCUGUGUGUUGUGAUUUAUGAGAGUUCAUCCAGCUGAUGAACAUCCUGAAGUCUAUUUCUCCGUCCUCUCUGGCCCUCUCUUCUUCGUCCAUCAGGCCAUUGAGCUCAGCUGUCCUUGGCUCCUGCACAGGGACACUGCAUCAUCAGCUGCAGGCUGGCGAACACACAACAACAGAUAGCAGAUGAUAAAACACGAGGCGCACUCUCUGUAACAUAAAGCAUCAACAGAAAACAAUCACAGGACUCAAAGAUAGGGAGCCAUGCGGUGGCUACGACGCGGCCAUCUCAUAUCCUGAGGUUUGGAGUGGUUGUAGAAGUGGUUCCUGUUUUAAAGAAAUGAAACGCUCGAUUUGAUCUCCUCGCCUUUAAAUGUGGUAUUUUGCCUUCAUGCAAAUAUUUGAGCGUGCUUCCUUGGAGCACAGAAAUGUUCCCUUGACAACAGAGCGGCGGCAGCAGCUCGAGAAACGUGUUUUUUUUUCUCAUCUUGUCAGAAAAGAUACGAUGAAGAAAAUUCUCCACUCUGGGCUGCACCUUGAACUCCUCUUAAAUAAGGCAUGAAAACAUGUUUGUCAAACAUGCUGUGGGAGUAAAAAUGGAACAUGCUUCACUGUCAUAUAGAGAGAAUCAGCCUUUCAUGUGCAGUUUCCCUUCAGCUGAUUGCAAUCGUGGGUUCAAUCAGAAGUCUAUUCAUCCUUUCCUCUUUGUGCCGACCGUCAGAGAGCCUCUCAGACCGUCCAGGUUUUCUUCACUGUCAACAAACAAUCUUUUUGUUUGUGCAGGAAAUCAGAAGUCUUCAAGGUUUUAUCAAUAAAGCAUCACUGCCUCAGAUGACUGCAGAGAGUGUUGUUUUCUCGUUUGUAGUUUCUGAGGCGCUUAAUCCAACACAAUCCAGCGUUAACUCAUUCAUGUUUCUCAGCGGAGGAGAUGUUAAUGACGAAGGUGAGCAGACUUGAUUUCUUUUGUAUUUGUACCCGAGCUGUCAGACUGUCAGAGUUUCCCCUCAUGGCCUGAAGAAAUCCAGGAAAACUAAAUUACUGUGAUUUUUAGAAAAGACAAACAAAACUGUCAAACGAGGGAAAAGGAAGACAAGAGCAGAGCGGCACAUUACUCGGUAAACUUUAAUUAUGGAUGAAAGUGACGACUUUACAGCAGUUUUAGGUAGGGCCGGGCGAUUUGGCCUCAGAUCAAUAUCACGAUAUAUUGAGCAGUUCACCUCAAUAGCGAUAAAUAGACGAUAACUACUCCUCAAGCUGCUCACCCCCUCCCACAUAAACUUCGUCUACUCCAGGUCCAAUCCUUCAGGGUUAAAAAUGAGGAAAGGUAGUCUGGUGUUUUACCUUGAUUAGCUUCAUAAAUAAGAUUUACUAACGAUUAAGCCAACAUGUACUCAAAGUAGUCCAAAUGACUCCAAUGGUGAGUAGAUAAACUUCCAGUUGUAAUAAAUCUCAAUGUAUCAUGAUGCAUGCUGUCGAGGCUGUAACGACUUUUGUACAUCACGCCACCAUAAUCAAGAACAGGUAAAAAAGUCGAGUCCACUAGUUUCUUUUUCAUGUAAAACUAAAAGUAACACUUAUUUCUGCAGUGAAACCUCCACCUUUUAAGUAACAUACAGAAAUGCUCAUGAAAAGACAAACUGUUGUCAAUGAAAACACAAAGUAUUUAGAUACCGUCUCAACUUCAAACUAGGAUUAAUGUCGUAAGAUGCUGUUCUCCAUCAGAGACAUGACUCCACCCCAUCCUGGAGUCCCCCAACUGCUCAAUAUAUCGUGAUAUUGAUUUGAGGCCAUAUCGCCCAGCCCUACAUCUUAGGGAUUGGGAUCAUAAACCGGGUCCAUGGAAUUUGGACCUGGCACAAACCCUAAAUUAAGUCUCGAGAGUCCCUGGAGUUAUGUUAUACUUUAAGUUUAGCCACGAAGUUUAUACUCAAAGAAUUUCAAUGGAGAGUUUUGACAAUGGUGAAGGUAUGAGAAGGUCCAAAGUGUGGCUACAGUGAUCCCGAAGCUGAAGACAGAGAAGGAGCAAAAUUUAGUCCAUGCUGCAAAAUCAUUUCUUGCAAAGGAGGAACAAAACCUCUAUGGCCAAACAUAUCAGCACAGAGCAUCUAAUCAAGCGGAAAUGCAGAUCUUUGACUAUCUGAGACUUGAACAACUCUGCCAACUCUUGCUGCUGCUGCUGCAGGGCUGCCAUCCUCCUCCUCUUCACCCAGAGCAGCCAAAGUAAACACAACCAGACUAUAGAGGGAGUCUUGCUAAUUAAAAGUCACGAUCCAAAGUUCAAAUCUGUGUUGAAAUCAGCAGGAUAAAAGCUAGUUAGAUGUCUAAUGGAGGCGGCAGACGAUUACACUGUGAGCUGUUCAGGGUCGUCGAAAGUAGAUGAUACGUUAUCAUGAUGUGUUCAGAUGUCCUGAAAAAUAGUUUUUGAUGAAAAAUCAGUUUAUAUUCGACAACAGUUUGAAGGUAAUCAAGAAUAGAAAAGACUUGAUAACAGUAUUGAUCUGGACUUGAAUCAUUAAGGAGUCUUGAUAAUGGUUAUCGAUGAAACUUAACGAUCCCCAUCCCUCGUCUCACUUAAUUGUACUUUACAUCGUGUCUUCUCAGUUCAACAUCGUUAAAAGUGUCAGGAUUUAGAAAAGACAGAACAAAAAGUUAAGAUGUGUAAAACAGUAUUACGUGGACAAUCAUUAACUAAAUUAAUUCUUGAAUUAUUUUGACAUGACUGUGAUUUCAUUCCCACGACAAUAAGACUUUAUUUUUAAAACUUUAUGACCUGUAAUGUUGCUCUAAUAGUCGUCAUAUGAGAGAGAACAGACAGAUGUAAAAAUAAACCACAGUAUCACUUAGUUUCUGCAGAAUCACAUCAAAUUAAACAGACGAUUAUAAAACCAUGAAUCAGAAUAACUGCACCAAUGGAUGCACGUUACGACACUAAUUCAUUGAUUUGUAGUUUUUACGUUUGUGGUUUGGUUGCUGUAUCUGGUAAAGAUAAAUUUAAAUUAAAGAUAACACCACAUGUAUAAAACUGCCAGUGUUAAUGGAAAAAUAAGGCAACAGACGCGAACAUUAAUUGUGCAGGUUUGAAGGAUAAGAUUCAGUGUCAGCAAGUUGUGAAAAGACGGGGGAAUUUUCAUCACCAGAGACUAUUUGUACAUGAAGCAUAACAGUGGAAAUAGGAAACAUAAAUCACAUUAGCUGUAACCCUGAGUCUGCCAUCGAUUACCUGCAGGAAAACAAAUGGGAGCGUUAAGGCUUCCCAUCCUUAAACAUCCCCAUCAGGCUGCUAACCACCAAAUGGGAAACAUGAAGUGGACGGGCUAAGCUGCUCCCCAUGGGGCUAUUAGAUCGAAGGGGUUAGAGGGGGUGGGGAUGCCCUCCACCUCCACCUCCUUGUGGCCCAUCAGGCACCCCCUGCUGGAGGAGGUUCGGGUUGUUUCAGCCUCCUAGCAAGGAGAUUUAACUGAGCAAAGACUCAUUCGGGUUAAAAGUGAAACAAAGUGUUGUCAGCGGCUUUUCUUUGUUAUCUCCAGAGGAUUCACGACUACAAAGCAGACCUGGAGUCUAACUGUAUUUGCAUUUGAUUGAUCUGGUUCAGGGUCCCAUGUGGGUGGGCUGCACAGCUCGGCGCAGAGGAGGAGAAUGAUUGCCACAUUUUUAUCACAAAUCUGAAAACCGGCUCCGAGACAUUUUGAUAAACAGUUAUGUGUCCACACAAGAGCACAACAAACAGCAGCAGCGGCAGCACAUCCCUUUAAAAGCAUCAGACAUAAAGUUCCAGUGAUGUUGUUAUAUAACAUAACAAGGCGGUUCUUAUGGCUCCCCAAAUGGUACCUCACAGAAAACACAAUGAGUAACGGCGCACAGAAUCACCGCUCAUAAGCAGCAUUUGUAUUUAUAUAAGCUCCCUUUGUAUUAGAGCAAGAAGGGAGGAGGAGGAGAGGGGGCGGCAAUGCAACACAUCAUCAUCUUACCUGUUAAUCUGAUGCACAGUGCUGGAGAUGUGAGAUGAUAUGCAUUUAGUAUUUACCCCUGCACAACGACCCUCAGAAAUCAAAGCAGCAGCACCUGACUCUGCUGAUAAAUUCACUAUUAGAGGAUUUACGGUAGGGUCAUUGAGUUUAAUCCAUACUCUAAAAAUACUGGAUGUAAGCACCGUGACGGGACACACCGGUCUGCUGCCUGUCCCCGUGGUGACUCUUUCUUUUUUUUGGGGAGCUUAAAGUGACCGUAGUUAGACUAGAGGGUGGAGCUGGAGAGGAGGGAGGGGUUACUAAACACUGAGUUAUAGAAGUUUAACACUCUGAGAGUCCGUGAGUUUAUGAAUCAAAAGGUUUACAGCUGUAUUUCACACAGAAUCAGACUCAGAAAGCUGAAGUUCAGCUGAUUUAUGAUAGGGUAACCAUACAUCCUCUUUUACCCAGACAUGUCCUCUUUUUUAGGGGCUGUCCAGCCUUGUCCAGGGGAGUUUGUAAAAUCCUUCAAAUGUCUGGGGUUUUUUAUGGAAGUUUUGAGUUUGUGUCAUGUGGACUUUCUGAGUUAGAAGUGCAUUAAGAUACACUCAAUCUGACCCGAAAAGCUCUAAAAAUGUCCUCUUUUUGGGGAUUCAGAAUAUGGUCACCCUAAUUUAUGACAAACUGAAUGUCACAUCAGAUGUUACAACUGAACUGCUGUAUUGUUGUAUGAAUUUGAUGUUAGCAAAAUGUUUCAAAGGGAGUUCGGGUUAGGGGAAUUAUCGUCAUUGUGUUGCAUUCCCUCGUCUGCAGCAAAGGUGACCUGGUGUUGGAAUAUAUGCAAAUAAUCAGGACUCUGCUUCUACAGAGCCAUACUGUUGUUUAGAAGAAGUCAAGUCUGUAUGGCAAUUUGAGCUACUCCAAAAUCUGAGUAUAUUGUUAAGCAUGAGCUACUCAAGUCAUGGACACAUGGUUCUCCUUUGCAUGGUACAGUUUUAAUCUGGGUUAGCUGAUGCAACAACAAAUUUGAGGAAAGAAUUUCAAGCUCAUGCUGGAAUUCCACUACAGAGUCAUGUCUGUUAUCAGUGCGGCUCGCGGAUCACAGCCAUCCAGGGCUGGUCAUCCCUGUUCCCCCUUUAGAACAGACAUUUAUCCAGAUUUUUAAUGAUAUUUUGUACUGUAGAUGAUGACAUCCUUACACUGAGGAACUUUAUUUUGAAAUUGCUGAACCAUUUCCUCACGCAGCACCUUACGGAGUACUUGAAACAGGGAAAUCUUCCUCUUUCAACCUUUUACAUGUUCUCUUUUCACUUUUCUAGUUGAAUGUAGGGCUUAAAACAUUUACAAACCUUAAAAUUCUGUUAUACUGACAAUUAACACAGUGUCCUAAUGCUAACAGAAUUGGCGUUGUAAUACAAGCAGGUAUGUUUUUGUAAAAAUCCAAACCAGCACAAUUAUCAUGAAUACAGAAAUUAGCCUUAGAGACUUAAACUGAUUUUGAACGAGGCUGUAAACUCGUCUAAAGUUUGACAUUUCAGCAUGGGGCUCUAUGGGGAUUGACUCAACUAAGGACACAGCCUCAAGUGGACACUUGGGGAACUGCGGUUUCAGGCACUAAUCUCUUAGCUUGCACUUCAAAACUCCUCCUUAUACUUCUGUUGUUGUUUUCUUGUUUUGUUUUGUUUUGUUUUAUGUAGGAGGAGUGUGAUGCAGGAUUUGAGUCUUUCAUUUGACAAAAUCUUGAAGCAGCUGUUACAGCAACUUCAACCUCAACCUGUCCUCAUGACUGACAAAUCAGCAGGUGAAUUUAAACUGCAUAAUAAUGAGUCACUUCCUCGCUGCGAUAAAUUAGAGUCAAUCCUCCAGUGAAGAGCCGGCGUGCCUCCUCCAGAGUGGCACUGUUAGAAUAAUGCUUUGUCAUUUUUGUCUUGGGAGUGGUUUAGUGCUUCCAUUCAUCGACUCACGGCAACAUGAUGCACCGCUGCGCUGCUAAACAUUAGAGGAGGCAAGUGGGGGAUGAGAGAGUUUGGAAAUCCUGAUGGACAGUUAGAUUGAAGGGGAAACGGACCACAGAGAGCGUUUAAAAGCCGGAAAGAAAACUGCUAAAUGUUGAAUGUGGAGAGAAUACUCAUCACGAAAUCCUUUUUAAGGAUCUUAAAUGUUUAUCGAAUCCUUUCCAAAACCGAAAUUUGUAAAAGCAUCAGCUGAACAGUUUUUUUUUAUAAGCCCACCACUGACAUUUCCCUCUAUUCAUGUUAAAUUGUGAGGCAGUUUGUUAAAGCACGUUCUCCUAAAAGGCUUUUUGGUUAACCUGUCCCCCUUCUCCUCCUGCACAAACACAGAAUAAAUGUCAGUAAAUCUGCACUCGGACCGAAUAAAGCAGACUAAUAGAGACAGAAAAUCAAAAGCUGGUGGUUUUCUGUCAUUUUCAGACUUGUAACCUGACUCUUUCAAUAAGAUUCAUAAGGUUACGGCUUCGCUUUAGCAAUUUUCAAACACUAAGAAAGACAAACUCUCUGUGUGAUGAUAGAAAUAAACAACCUCCUGUGAGCGGACGAGGUUUCCUCCUGCAGAAGGACAGUGAUUUGUCUGCAGCUUUAUUGGUCGUGAAAUCAUUGAUGAAUUCUGUGUUUGUGCAGGCCUCGCUGUCGUUUCCUCUCUUUGAUUAAUUGAACACAGAGUGAACGUGAUGUGACCAUUUUUCCGUAAAGAUUAUUUGCACGCUCCCCGAAGGUGUCUGGUGUAAACAGAAAUGCACAGCGUUAAUUAAACCGUGUGCAUUCAUAACUAAAAAGGGAUGAUAUAAAACAUCCAAGUGCUUUGCUCUCUUGUCAAGGUUAUGUGGAGCUUAAGUAAUUUUGCACAUGGCACUGUUACUUAUCAGUUGUUUUCUUUUCACGUUGCUGCAGAGCCUCGUGGGUUUAAUGCUAUUUUUUAUGCAUGAGCUCCGAGGUGAGCGCAGCUAUCAGAUACAGUAGAAGCCCUGCAGCUACAACAUCCUGACUCCCAGACAAGGCAGAGGAACUUUGAGUGAGCAUCACAAAACUUAAUCAAAAACCACGAGCUGUGUGCAAACAGAUGAUGAGCACCAUCUUGCAUCAUUAUGCAACUCCAGACAAGAGGCGAUCACGCUGCUAUCUUCACAGAGAACAGCAGCAGAGAACAUCCAAGUAACGUCUUUCUUCUUUUCAAAGCAGCUCCAAAGCUCGCUGGGCAGCUUCUCCAUCCACGCAUGGUUUCCGUGGCAUCUUUCCCAACUUCCCUCGCGGGGGACCCUCCUAAUUUGGGUAUGUAGUUUUUUUAACAGUAUAGCCUGAGCUCACCUUACAUUCGAGGGUGACUGCUUAGUUUGCCUAAUGAGGCAGGGAUACUUGUGUGAGAGCAUGUGUGGUGUUUGCAGAAACUAGAGGUUAAAUUCGAUGAAAUAACUUUGCAGGGUCCACCGAGGGUGAAACUUUCCUCUGCAUACUGCUGCAAUAAAAAAAAUCAGCUAACAUGAGGCUCAGUGUUUAACUAAUGGGCUCUUUUAAAAACAUCAGGAAGUGCUCCUUUUUCUUUUUUUUUACUUUAAAAAAAGUUUUGCACAUGCAUAAAUCCUUUGAUGAUUUGACUGUGAACGAUUCAGCAGAAAUUAAUAAAAUGGAAAUUUGAAGAUUAAAAAUGCAUAUGCAAUGUUUCUGCAGCCUGACACUAGAAAGAUAGUGUUUAUUGUAAUUAUACAGUAUAUGACUUAAAUAUUCAACAUUCAUGCAUCCAAAACACUAUAUGUUGGAUUGCAUCAUUAUGUUUUGCUAAAAAGAUAAUUCAUAUUUGCACAACAGAUCAUUGCACCUUCUUGCAGGAAAUAUAUCAGUAGGACUUUUAGCAUUAACCUGUUAAUCCUGACAUAACUAUUGUGAAAAAUGUUCAAGCUAAUCUUUCAAAAUCAUGUUCUAUUUUGUCAAUUUUAGCACAGUAUAAUUGCACAUCUCAGUUGAAGAAAUCUCCCAGACAGUUUGUCUGACAAGUCAAAAAGUACAUGCACUUUGUGUCAAACAGAAUUAAAACUAAUUAGACAGACAUCAGUGUGCAACUGCAUCACAAAAACCUGCAGAGCACUAUUUUAGGGUUUUGAGAUUCACUACAGACUUUGGCAGAAACUCAAAGAUGUUAGUGGCAGAGCCUGACUGAGGGCUGGUCAACAUUAAGAGAGACUCAGGCUCAAGGAUUUGCCUUACUGUUGUAGGAAAGGAUAGCUUCACACAUGGAGGACCUUGACCUGUGUGGAACAGAGUAUGCAGACAACCUGGAACUGAAACUCUGAAAAGUGCAAAGGCUGUAGCUUUAACCAAGGAUCAUGGAUGUCAUUAAGAAGUCAAACUUGCAGCACAGGUAGAAAAUAUGGACUUUCAAGCUGUUAUGAAAAGCAAAAUUAUAGCUCUUUACACAAGUCAAUUUCUUUGAUGGCCAUAAUUAAAAUGUAUCUUAUCUGUACUGCAGGUAAUUGUUUUUUUCAUGCAUGAUAUCCUGAUGUCUCACAUUGUAGGGUGAUCAUAUUCUGAAAACAGGACACUACUAGCAAAAUUUUGAGGGUUUUACGGGUCGAGUGUUUUUUUACACACUUCUAACUCAGUUAGUCCACGCAACACAAACUCAAAACUUCAUUACAAAACCCCAGGCAUUUGAAGGAUUUUAUAAACUCUCGCUGGAUAGGCCAGACAGCCCCCCAAAAAGAGGACAUGUGUGGGUAAAAGAGGAUGUAUGGUCCCCCUAUCAUAAUGCACCUUUUGUAUCAUGUUUUUCUCUUAUACUAACUCAUAAAGUAAUAUAUUGAUUUGCAUUGUAUAGUACUGUACUGCAGUUUUUUGCCUCUAAUUAAAUGAAUUAUAAUCAUGCACAGUGUCAGAGUUACACCAUAAGUACACGCUGCACCCUGAAAAGGUGUAACACUGAUGUCUUACACUCUUACACUUCACACAGCGCUGUUCUGAGCUUCUCCAGCACUACAUUUUCCCCCCGCCUUCACCCCCUUCUGCCUCUGUUACUACCUCUGAAGGAGGAUCAGAGCGAGAAUGACUACUUUUUUGGUUGUUACACAUCGUAACAACCAAAGAAGUAAACUUCUAGCUUUUACAGUUUCAGAAAUAAAAUUAUAACCCUUGUUAGGAGAACUAACUGAUUUGUAAUUUGAUGCAUCCCCCGUUGAAAAAGCAAUGUUUCAUAAGCUGUUUUGUGACUUCAUUAAAAAAAAAAAGAUAAUUGAAGGUUAAACAGUAGCAGCAACUCAUCUGCAAAAGCAGAGACAAAGACGUUAACGAUGUGAAAAUAGACCUUUUAAAGUGCAGUCAGUUUUGGGAGGGAUGUGUUCAAUGCUUUGUUUCAUCACUCCUCAGGCUCUGAGCCUGAAUUAUCAACAAUACACGAGGCAGAACAUUAAAUGAAGAUGAUUUUCUCUUACAAGGUUGACGUUUUGUUCAUCAGACACUUUGUUUUUGUUUGGUAUUAUAAAAGCUUCUCUUUCUCACUAAAAGCAUUUUUCUGGGUUAAAUUUUGCUCAGAAAAUAUUUCAACUAUCAGGUUAAGUUCAUCAGCGGAUAAUUCUUGUCUGUGUCUGAGUAUAAAAUCUUUUCAAACAGCUCAGGAUGUGUCUGAGUGGUUCGUUCCUGACACUAGCUUAAACGUUAGAGGUGUGAGCGUUCAUGUCUGCAGAGCUCCUCUAAGUCACAGCUCUUGGUAAAGGGCUGAGCUAAUGUUGCACCAUGACUGACAGUGGUCAUUAAUCACUGUGGGUGUGUGUGGAGGAUGGGCUUGUUUUAUAAUCAUUAUAGCUUUAACCAUUGUACAUGUAUUCUAAAAUCUAUGCACAGCUGUAAUGAGCUGAGGUAGAGGAGGAACAUCAGCCGGGUCGUAAAUCAACCCUGACUGACUGGAGAUACGGAAAUCUGUGGACCGUCGAGGUUAUCAAGUUUAUGGAGUGAAAUUCUCCAUCAGAAACGGCGCGUGUGAAAUAUUGGUUUGAUUAAUUGUUUAUGGUAAAGAAAUGUGAUCUUAAUGAGACUCUUAUGUAGCCCCGGAGUAAUUGGCUGAUAAUGAAGCUGUACCUCGUCUCAUACUAAUGUUCCUCCCCUUGUAAAGCCAUUCAUGCAAAGCACACAUGAAAUUUGUAAUGAUAACUUGGCCAGAUUUAUUAAUUAAGUUUUACUACAUGGAGGUUUGGUGAUAAUAAACAAUAUGGGUUUGAGACUUGGAACCAAUGUCACUUCAGUUACACGUAAAGGUUUGUACGAGUAAAAGCACUUCUAUAAAUUUCAUAGCACCUGCAAACAAAAGGCCAAGCCGAUCUUCUGCAGUGGUGCACACUGAGGUUGGCCACUUCAGUAUUAAUUUGCAGUAUAGAUGAAUAUGCAUGCAGCAUUUGUACUCCGGAGUGAAAAAUCCUGAGAGGAGAAACUGCGACGAGGUUAAUUUUGCUAAGCCUGAGAAUCAUUUUAUUGAUUCUGAGUGUGACCCCUUUGGAGGGAAGGUGCAAAUCCAGGUGCCCAGCGUUGCACACAGAUGGCUGAUGUUAAUGUGGUGAGGAGAAGAGGAUUACAGGCGCACAUCAGGCUGCUUUGAAGCCAUUUCUCAUGAGCUGUUUUUGGGGUAAAUUUUUAUUUCCAUUCAAUAACCUUUCAUAGAGAAAACGCUACAAUUAAACGUAUAUGCGGUGUUGUGCAAGUUAGAAGAUCCAGCUGUACCUCUAACUCCACAGGUCCGAACAUUUUGAGCUUUCUGUCAGUCUGCUUUCCUUCCAAACUCUCCAUCAGACACCUGUUUAAAAUCAGGUGGACAUAUAUACCCUGAGUUUUCCACUUUUAGAUAUACUGUAUGCUGUUACAAACCAAGCUGUGUCGCCUGUUAUAACAAACUUUUACCUCUAUGUCUCUUUGCCUGAUUCACUGUUUGUGGCACAAAUGACUCUUUUCUUUGUUUUUAACCUUUUAUAAUCAAAACACAUCAUUCUACAACACUUGUGCUUGUCAGAACUCUUUAGGGUGCUCAGUGCAUUUUGAAGAGCUCCAUGAUCAAAUGUCCCAUUUACAUUUUUACGUCUGCAAUUUGUCCAUCCAUCUGUUACGUCCUUUUAUUGAGAGUAUAUUCAUGUCAGUUAAGUUUCCUUUUAUUUUUGCACAUUCAUGUUUUGUUUCAUAUCUUGUAUUUCCUAUUUUAUUUUGUAGACCCUGUCCUGUCACAUCUGCCGCCCGAUUAUGUCUCCCCACCUGUUUCCCAUCACCCUCGUUACCUCUUGUAUUUAACCUCAUGAGUCUCACUGUCUCAACAACAACAACAUCUCUUCCUUCUUUCCAGUGCACAAUCUGCCGUCAGCUACCCAAAUUUCAGUUUUUCUCUGUCUAUGGCCAGAGUUUUUAAAAAGCAUCGUUUUCAGUGGCGACUUCUCAGUUUGCGUCGAAACAAAGGGUGCAAAUGAUGGUUAAUGUCUCAGUUUGUAAAAAUAACAGGGUAUGUAAAUUGGGCCUCACUGUCUCGUCACCAGUUUAUUGCACUUUUUAGUCACAUUCCAGCAUCAUUCAUAGUCAUUGUCGAGCCGUGUAUAACCUUUGCCUGCCUCAUUUCAGACCUUGCCUUUUUCCUUGCAUUUUUGAUACCUCCGUCUGACCUGACUGCCUUAUAUGUUAUCGACCUUUCCCUGUUUUUCAUCAAACACUUGUCUUUUGGACAAAAUGAUUCGGUGUUGUGCAGUUGUGUCCUCUCCUCUGUGCCUCGGUUCAUGACGGGUAUAUCCUUCUAUAAUACUUGUGAAAGUCAGAGAUUUUGAUAACAUACUAACACACUGCAACCAAGACGUGAGGGCGCUUCAUGCAUUUUCAAUCAAUAAUCAAACAUAAGGUAAUACACCCCAAAAACAGGAUAUUUAUUUUGGAGUGUGGUGUAGUUUUUAAAGCUUAUAGGGUCUGCAGUCUGGAGCUUGUUGGUGCCUCAUCUGCAGGACCCUCUGCAGAUCGACCAUGCAUCAACAGAUCUGUGUGUUAUUUCAGACAAACGGUUCUGUCACAUAAAUGGCACCACCUUGUUAGAGCUGUGUCUGUGUAGAGUGAUCACCCCUGACUGCGGCAGCUCUAAGAGAUCAAUCAAUGACGUAUUUCAAGAGCUGGUUUGAGACCGCUUUCAACAAAGAGAUGCCAGAUUUAGGACAGCUCUGUAAUUUGUCAAGGACUCUUCUUUCAAACCCUAAAAGUAAUUAUUAUAAUAUUCAACUUGUGUAUGAAGUCCCAUCCCUCUCAUUUAUACCUGACCCAGUACAAAAACACAAACAAUGCCUCUGCAGUGAUUUGUCUCUACAUGUGUCAAUCAAUCAGCGCCGUUGUCAGGGCUGUUGCCAGGCUGAGUCAUCGCCGCUCUUUCAGAAAGAACUUGUCAGUUUGCAGACAACAAAGACCGUCUCUGCUCGCAAUUCGCCGCCGUCAUGCAGAAAAAUAAGAGCCACUUUUCUAAAGAGCUCCAGGAGGCUCAGUCCUAUGGAGCGUGCAGAAAUGUGCAGCACACUCGUGGGUCCUUGUUUGGAGGUUUGGAGCCUUUGAUGUUCUGUCAGCCCAACUGUAUAAUGCACAAAAAUAGAGGAACAGCACUGCUAUUUAGUUCCAAUACAACCGUACAUAUUUUUUUAAUCCCUUUAAUGUUAAAAUUAACAAACAGUGAAUGUUUAAAUGAAGACUGAGCUAAGGAAACACUGCACACUAAAGUGUCUUGCAGCUUUUUCUCGAUCACUCUUUGACUGGAAAUCUGACACACAAUUUAUGUAUACAUCUAUAAAAGUUUACGGCACAACUGAAGGUCAGUAAGUAUAUUCCCUUUCAAAAUCAGAGUCCAAAGUCCAUAGCAGUCUCUGAAAUAACUCAACCAAUAGAUCCAAUAUGUUUACUCAGGUAAAACGCUGAUGAAAAGCAGGAGGGCUGCAGGUAUGUUUGAGUUAAUUGGACACCUGCGGUGAAUUCACAGCAGUUGAAUCAAUGAAUUCUCCUUCACAGUCACGUGUAUUUAUGUGUGAUGCACAUGCUGGAACUUCACUGAUGAACUGAACCUCCGGACACACCAGCAGGAUCAGAAUCUAGUGUUACUAAACAAAAUGUAAAAGUUUCCACACAGUCAGUAGUUUAGACUGGAUUUGAGUUUUACUUGUACUCUGAUGGCAUUUGAUCUUUCCUAAGUGACUCAGACUCAAUUUUGACUUAAAGAUUUGUACAGUUACGCUUUUCUCUCAUUAUCUGGAGUGGCAGUAAACAUCCAACUUUGAGUUUAAAAAAGAACAACUCAAAAUUAUAUACUGGAGACCGGUUAUACUCAUUUUUCCUUUUUAAGUCAAUCAGGGACAGAUGUAGAGUAACUGUGCAUGAUUUGCAGCUUAAAACCCCGUAUUGUAGGAGCUAGGUCUGCACUUUUAGUUACUGAGAUGCUUGGCCUGGAGUUACAUGGUUGAUGCGUUGCAAUAACAAACUACCAUGUGUUUUUGAUGAUCAGUGAAAGUCCGGACACUGUUCCCUUUGAUUCAGCGUUUAAAAAUGUUUGUGAUGAACAUUACCAAAGUCCAUUUGCAGUUGACAUUGAGAAACCAUCCAUCCAGUAUGGCGGUGACGCUGGAUUAUGCUCCAGCACGUAAUGAGGCAUCUACGUGUAUAAUGUCUAUGGCCACAGCGGUCAAAACCUUUUGCCCUUCCGGGUCAAUCACCUGGCAACAACAGUGACGUAGCUAACUUUGUUCCUGAGCCCCAGAUAACAGGACAGCGACAUGUCGAGUGUUUGCUCUCUAUGUAGCUCCUAUUCACAUACUGUACCUGUUGCAUUGGCUGCUGUUGUACCAUUAUUCACAGCUCUUGGUUUUACAUUUUCAUCUGAGGCAUUUCUGGACAAAAUAGUCCCAGAUUUUGGAGAUGCAGAUCCAGCUCAUACUGAUCUAUAUUCAUAAAGGUGUCAUCAGUGAAAUCACGACUACAAACAGCUUCAUUGUUGUCCUGAAAACACUAAAAUACCCCUAAAUUUACCAUCAUGGUUGUUUCUACUGCAUGCCUUUGUCUGUUUACAUACCCGCGAUGUCACAUGCAGAGUUUGUAGUUUCUUCUAGAGUUCUCCGGAUGUAUUAUUUACCGGGCAUUUCCCUGUCAGACGAUGCUGUUGUUUUGAUAUUCACAUCCAGCAUUGUAGCUUUAUAAAUGUAUUAAGUACAUCUCUUUUAAAAUACUCAUACUGCAACUUCAACAUGCAGAGGAACUGAAAGCUCGCAGGCCUGCCAUGCUGAGUUUCAGCUGAUAAGGUGGGACAAUAGAAAGUCUAGUUCCUCUCUGAAUAUUUUAUGAUCCUCUGUAUCUGAUACUGAGGAAAAAGAAGUUCACUCCUUAUUAGAAAACUCACUCCCUCAGUGCGAUGCCUGUGCAGUUCAGAUCAAUCUGCACCUCCUGCUGGGACACAGCUACAGAGGAGGGUUCGCCUCUCCAGAAAAAAACCUCCAUCUUCAUUACUCACUCCACCCUGCUGCACGGUGUAAUUUGAAAGGACGUCAGGUCAUCUAAGAUGGUUAUCAAUAUCAGCGGGAAACUACCUAUUGAUUUCUUCUGAACACAGUUAAGCUAUAAUUUCAUUAGACAAAGAAAGACACUUGCAGGGAGGAAUUGCAACAGACUUCAUAAAACCAAAAGAAAGAAAGAAAUCUUCAUUCAUGUGCUUUUUUGGCUCCAGACUGAAAUAUGCUCAGUCUGGCUCAUGCUGUAGCUCCGUCUUCCAUCAUUAAGCAGCAGAAGAUCCAAGAUGGCGGGGGCAGCGAGAUACUGGAAGUGCCUUGAAAUUCCAUUGGGUGCAGAAAUCUGGUCCCCAAACAGUCGGUUUUGGAAAAGCAAAACAAAAACUGUGUUGUGUAAUUCCAGUGAGCACUGAGGAAGAGAUGAGGGAGGAGUGGGUUGACUCCAGUAUGAGGUCUGGAGAGAGAUUUGAAAACGCAAGCAGCUACAACUAGCAGGUCUCAGCAGCUGGUCAGCUCCCCACACAGAUACUGAAGCUCAUUAACAACCUUAGGAGAGCCAUUCAGAUGGAUUUCAGUCACCUGUGUGCUGUGAGAUAUGAAAAUUACACCUGAUGCACCUUAGACAGCAGAAUAUAAAGGAUGUCCUCGCUUUGAAUCCGAGCCAGGCGGCUGAAUAUCAUCACAACAAGACAGCACAGACAGCCCUGUCACAACUGAGACUCCCAAGUAAACCAUUUAAUUUGGCAGAGAGUCACCCCUGAUGCAUGAAUCACUUCCUCAGUGAAAAUAUGCCACCACUACUCAAAACAGAGUAUUUGGGUCAGACUGAACUGGCAGUCCUGUGAGAGGCAGAAGGACACCACCCAAAGGCACCAGCUCCCUGAGGCGUCUGUGUGCAUCUCCGGUGUGGGUUUUUGGCGAGGACGCAGCUCAGGCGAAUACUUAAAUGAUCUGAAAAUGAGACAGAAGCCGAGCCAGUGCAGCCGCCACCCAUCACAAUAUCUAUUGUCUGGUGCCAGAAGCAUUUGGUGCUGGCAUGAUAAAGGAAAAGGAGAGGAUAUGCACAGAACAAAAGAAAGGGAACAGUUGGGCCGACAGGCAGUGUCAGGAGAAAUCACUUUGAGUUGGAGCCAUGUUUGAGUUUCCCUUCCUCUUGAACUUUGUAGUAUGGUGUCAUGUUAAAACUCAAUUUUCUUCCUCUUCCAGGGCCAAGCUGCCGCUAAGCAAGUUGACCCAGACGUCCCUCCCCUCAGAAGCGUUUUCCAGCUCCUCCUGAGGAAUCCUGAGACGUUCCCAGAGCAGACGGGACAUAAAGCAAGUACCCCAGGAUCUCCUCCCAGUUGGACGUACCCAGAAAGUCUCCGAAAGGACGGCCUCAGGAGGAUCCUAAUCAAAUGCUUGAACUGCCUCGACUGAGUUUUUUCCAUGUGAAGGGGUAGUGACUCUACUUAGAGCUCCCGCAGGAUGUCUGAGCUCCUUGCUCAGUCACUGAGGCUGGGGCAGACACUCUGAGAAGGAAGCUCAUUUUAGCUGCUUGAAACUGAAACCUUUUUAUACAGGUACUACCCAAAGGCCAUGACCCUGGAUGAGGACUGGAGCGUGCAAAUGAAAGCUGAUUACUUGUGGUUGUGGGUAAUGGACCUACAAUGGUCUAGCAUUUCUCUGCAGCUGGAAAGAUCAUUAAAAAGUGUUUAAAAGUUUUAUAUACUUUGUUUUUGUGUGUUAAACAGUUAAGAGUCCAAACUGGUUUAUUUUUGUUUCAUGAAUCACUUUGAGAAUCUUUAAUUGUAUUAAUUUUCGCGGUUUCUGAUGUCUUGUGCCAGUUCUGUCCUUCCUAACCAUAUUUUCCUUAUGGUCAUUCAGGUCCUCCUGUUUUCUUUUGGAAAAAAAAUGGCAGCCGAUGUAUUUUUCUCCAAAAAGGAACAGGAGGACAACAUGAAAAUAUACUUUUAUAUCAGAUGUAACAACAGAGAUUUCCACAAAGUAGGAAAUGACAUGAAAUAAAAGGCAUAACUAAGCUGACUAAGGACAGCAUUUCCUGUGCCACCCCUUGCGUCUUUGUAUUUGAGCUCUUUCCGAGUAGUGUUUUCAAAUCCGCCAUACUUCUAAAUUCAUGCUGGGUCUGAUCCUUCUCAGUGAACUAGCUCUGUGGAAAUUAGGUAUUCCUUUUGCUCCCUCUGUCGUUGAGAUGUGAUCUAACUUUGAUGUAAAGCUGAUCGGAUCCAAGCUCUUUGACUCUCAGCUUCUCCUGCAAAAUCACAGAUUUAGCAGCAAUAUCUGCCACCUCUCUGGCACCCUGAGUCGCUUCUUCUUCUUCUUCUUGUAUUGCAAAUGUGCAUUAAAACCUGUGCAAGGCGAUAUGGACCUACAUUCUACAUUUCAUAACAGCUUGGUCAUAUGAUGUACUAACUUUAAAGUGGUGGGACUGUGCCCUAGUGCCCUUUACAGACCAGCCACCAUCAGUUUGUGGUAAUUCUGCAGUCCAGAUCAUUCUAACCAAUGAGGUUUUGCAAGCUUUAAACAGUCUACACAGAGAGAAAAUAACACCAGUGCGUUAACACUGAAUUAAUUAUUUUGCAGACAUAUUGGAAAGGUUGAAUUUCACUUCAUGUUUGAUCUGAACACACGGUCUCUUCUUGGACUCGAAACAUACAGUGCAGAGGAAAGCAAGUCUUGGCUGCAAAUCAUUUUUCACUAAUUGCAGUCUCUACGCCGGACAAAUCUGUCAUUGUUCCCAGAGAUAGCAUUUUCUGAUAAUAGCGGACACGUUCCAAGGUUGUCCUGCUGUACUCGUGUUUUCUGGCCAAAACUUUCAACCAUUCCUUUUUGGAUUCCCACGGUGAAGAUUUAGGGGAACUUCUUUGCUUUAACUAACUUGACAAGUACAAACACAUAUUUAAUCUUACUCCUAAUAGUCAUGUUGCUUUUGUAAAUCAUAAAGAAGCUUAAAUUUCAGUUAAUUUCAGUCUGUCUGUAACUCGUUAAAACUCCUCACAGUUGGUUUAAUUACAGGUUGUGAUUGUUAAAUGUGUGAAAGUCCUCGGGGGUGAAAGGCACUGAAACAGCACUGAUUGACAAGAUAAUUAAUAGAAUUAUGCGCUCAUAAAAUUUGUGUUUAAGCUGUUUUUAUGUAAGAGAAGGGCGCCAUUGUUUAAGCUAGUCUUGCUUUAAAAAAAGACAGCCAUCAGAUUGGUGUGUGAGCGCCUUUUUACAGCAGAGAGAGGAGAGAGGCUGGAAAUGUCUGCCAGGAGCAUAUUCUCGUCCUUUUUACCUUUAUAUGCAUGAAAACUGAAUAAAUGUGCUUCUAUA